AUGCAAGGUCAGCCCAACAUCAACUCGGCUAGAAGCCCUAAUAUCCAAGGCCUGUCAACGCUGACCCCCGGGCCGGCCCCUCAUCUUUCCCACAGCCCAAACACCACCCAAUUGUCCUCUCCCGCCUCAAAUAUGCCAGUACCCACUCAGCAACAAGCCAGUGCAAGCAGCAUGGGCUUAACUAUACAACAGAGCCAACAACGAACGCUGAGUCCCAAUAUCAGUGCCAUGAGCAACAUGAACAAUACCCAGCCCCCGGAAAGUCCCGACAAAUUCUCGCAAAACUCGCUCUACCCAAACUACCAACAGCACGCGGAUGCUGCAAGCAUGCCACCCCCGCCCAAUUUGCCUGCCCGAAUUCAGCAGCAGAGUUCGCCGCAGAAUCAGAAGAUCUACAGCCCGCAGCAACAACGGAAAAGCCCGCAGGCGGCUGGAAAACAGGACUCACCUUAUUGCCAGAAUUGCUCGCCCGGACAAAUGGAGCCACAACAGAGUGUUGUAAGUUGCUUUGAGUUUAAUUUUUAAGUUUAGGAGAUAAUGCGACAUUUUAUACAAUGAAACAUGUUUGAUCGUAUAACAUGUCGUUUAGGCAAGCAUAACGGGUUUUUGGUAUUGAGUGCUAUUCGGAGGGAUUAUAAACGAUCGUAGACAGAGGUUUUACUGUGAUUGAUGCAAAAGGCGACAUUUUAUAUGAUGUAAGGUGUUUGAUCGUAUAACAUGUCGCUUGUGCUAGCAAAACGGUUAUUUGAGUAUUUAGUGCUUUGAAAGGGCUUAUAAAUGAUCAUAGACUGAAUUUAUCGAUAAUUGGUGUAAACAGCGACAUUUUACACGAUUUAAUAUGUUUAAUCGAAUAAAACGUCUCCUGAUCGAGUAUAAGGUUUAUUUAGGGACCUAUUGCUGUAGAAAAAGACUAGAAAUUAGCUUGAAAGGUUUUUUAAUCAUUAUUAUCAAUGGUGACAUUUUAUACGAUAAAUUAUGUCCGAUAGUAAUGUUUGCGGGAAAUAGAUGCCUAAGCCAUAUAAUGGGGUAAAAUACGGAUAAAAUUUUCUUUGAUUUUAAAUAUUCUUCCAUUGACGGCGAAGACGACAUUUUAUACGAAGAAACAUUUCCAAAAAAUUAGGUUCUUUAUAUUACACUAGACAAGAAUGGUCUAAUGGUCAUAAAUAGGGUCAAAAUGACCGCUGGCUUUAAUUUCAGCCGUUCCAGAAUGCCAGUCCAACGCCAAACCCUGCGGCAAUUUAUCGGAAGAACAGUGUGGCCACGAAAAAUGGGCCAAUGGAAUCGCAAAAUGGCCCAAUCCAAGGGCAAAAUGCUGGAAAUACUAGUGAUUACAAGCCGCUGGAAGAGUAAGUAGCUCGUUUUUUAUCGCUUUUGCUUUUUUGAGACGCUUUUUUUGGAUUUUUUAUUUAUUUUUGUUUGCAAAAAAUGACUUUUUACUUUGAAUUUUGGACCGUUUGAACUAAUCGUUUGUUUACAGUCUAAAAAUGCAAAGUUUUGGCAUAUUACAAUAUUUAUUUACCAAUUUGCCCUUUGUAUUUACCAAAAAAAUUGGAGAGACUUUGAUUUUGUAUCCCUUCUUUUUUUGACAACAACGUAUAAAAAUGCGGAGUUAAAAAAAGAGGAAUUUUGGGGUUAUGAGGUAAAAAAUUUACAUAUUUUUUUUUGAAUUCUGUUUUUUGUGAAAAAUUAUUUUUUAAAAAUAAAAUAAUUUUUUUUUAAAUAAUUUUUAUUUUUUAGGUCAAAUUUUUUGAUUAAAAAAUGGUUUUAUAACAAAUUAUUCAAAAAAAAAAAUUUUUAAAUCCAAAAAUAAAAAAAAAUUUUGUGUUUGUUUUUUUGCAAGAAUUAAAAAAAAAUUUAUUCAAUUUCUUUAAUUUUGAAUUUUAUUAUUUUUUAGGCCAAAUCCAAAAUUUGAAGAUUAAAAAUUUUUUCAUUUUUUACGAGUAUUUCUUUUUUGCGAAAAUUAAAAAAAAAUAAUUGAAUAUAUUUUUCAUUUAAAAUCUUAUUAUUUUUAUUUUUUUUUCAAAAAAAUAAAAAAAAAAAAAUCUUUAUUUAUUUUCUUUUAAUUUUAUUUGAGCAAAAAUAAAAAAAAAUUAUUAUUCAUUUUUAUUAAAAAUUCUAUUUUUAUUACCUAUUUCCUAUCCCAAUAAAUCUAAAUUCUCCUCAAAAUUUUCCCUCAAACCCAAUUAUUUUUUAUUUUUUUGGAUAAUCUCACUUUUACUUCUGUUUCGAUUAUUUUUCGAAACAAAGAAAAAAGAGUUUGGGGUCGGGAACAGUCUCCAAUUCCGCUGUUUACAAUUUUCUCUCCGCUUUUUCUCCGUUCCUGAUAACAUCGGGCGCUCUUUUUUGUUUUUGCGACUUUCUGUUUAUCCCAAAAAUUUAAUUGAGCUAUUUUUAUAGCGAAACGUUGACUCAACCCCGUGUUUAUCAGGGGCCAAAGGGCUUUCGGGUUGUUUUUAUAUUAUACUUACGUUAAUUGAGGAAGGGGGUCAUAAGGGUUUGAAAAUAAAAAAAAAAUUUUUUAUAGUGGACAUGUAAAAUAUAAUAACUUUUUUUACCGCAUGUUUUAGAUUUUAACUCUGCGAUUUACAGAAAAAAAUCAGGGUUUUUUGGAUUUAUUUUCAUUUUAUUUGAGAUUUUUAAAAAAGUGGCACGUUCAGCCCUCCCCGCUUUGCAAUCCCAGCCGUCCCGACAUUCGGGGUAAAGACAAUUCGCGUUAACGCAAAACCGAUCAAUACGGGGUGUAGAAUGAGUGGGUACCAAAAAAAAAGGUUGUAGGAAGUGCCUACAAGGCUUGGCAAAGCCGUUGGAUAGUCGGCGGACGCUCGGCGAACGCCCGGCGGAGACUUGGCGAAGACUUUCAAUAUUACCACUUUUUCUAAUUUUAUCUAUUACUUACGUUAGCUGUUUUAUCCUGAGUUACUGUGACAUAUGAAAGACCAAAAUUUUCUGAAGAUCCGUAACUUUUAUCUUCAUAUUGUUGAUGUGUGUACAUGCAGAAUGUCACGACUUCGCGUGCGAAUUUGCAUAUUCCCACGGAAUGACCGACAAAUUGGUAUAAAAGGAAGAGAAAUCGCCAAUUAUGAGAGUAUUAUUUUUGUCUGUGUAUCCCGGUUGUGUUGCGGCCAAUAAAGUCUACUAUAUUUACUAUUUGUCUAUUGAUUUGUCUAUGGUCACAUCGUCUGGAGUCAAUAUCGUGGGUUCACAGUUUAUUGCCAGAGUCCUCUAGUUUGCGUCUCCGGGUUAGGUAGUGAAUACUAGUAGUAGCGGGCAAGUUAAGGGCCAUCUUACACCACGAUUCAUAGCUACGUCGUGACAGUCUUUGGCGCCUGGCCCUACUGAGCCGGAGCCGCUCAGAGCCGGAGCCAAAAGCCGUAUAUUACUGUCUGAUAAUAGGCGUCCCGAACGUUCAUUGAACACCUCCUUGAGCAUGUUGAUCUUUUAGACUGCCUUAGUUUUUCACAAUAAGCGAUCUUUUUUUUGUUUGCUGACAACUUGAAUUUGCCUCAUAAUCUUCUUUAAAAAUCCCGUUGUAACAAGUUUCAUUUUCUUCCAAUUUUUUUGUUUUUUAAAUCUACCAUUGGCGGGAUAUUUUCGUGAUUCACAUGACACGAAAUUCGCUCUGGAAAUAGCAAAAUUGUAAUUAAAAUUUGUGGCCCGACAAUUAAUUUUUCUCCUAAUCCCAGUUAGUAAACAAGUCGUUCAAAUCCCAAAUUGCAAAGCGAUUAUUUGUGCUGUUGAUUUGGGCGGGAAUGUAGCAGGAUUUUGGAAUUUUUUUGGUUGUAAAAAGUUGGAAAUUUGCGAUUUUUUGGGGGAAAAUUAUAAAAAAGUUUGAUUUUUAAUCGAAACUGUGAAGGUUUUUAGUUCGGGAAACAUUAUAAAUGAGCAGUUUUUGUAUAUUUUAUCUGAAUAUUGUAUUUGCCUAGCUGGAACACUUGUAACUGCACUGUUUACAUCACUGUUUUCGCUGUUUGAGCAAUUUUGUUGGGAGCAGAGCAGAACAAGAUUUCUUUGCGUAAUAACACAAAAGUCAUUGUGAAUAUCUUUUUUAAAAACACUUUUUUAUAUAUGUUACUGGCCCGUUCGUAAAGUCGUUUAGGUAAUUUUCGCGACAUGAACUGUAAAAAAGAAAAUUUCAUUUUUGCACUGUGCAAUAAGAUUUAAAUUUUUGUCGAUGUACUAUCAGUCUGUCGGGAAAAUAACGAGCACAAUUUCGGGCCUAAAAAUUGGCCGUCAUCGCUUUCUAGCCCUGUUCGAAACUGCGACAAGUCGAGACAUUUUGCUGCAAAAAAUCCACAUUAUUUCCCCGACAAGCUGAUCUCAGUCUGUCGGGAAAAUAAUGGCCACAAUGUCGCUGCGCGAAUCGCGUCGCUGAAGUGAAAAUAAAUUUGAUUUUACCGCGACAAAUUUAAUUUUUUGGACUGUGAUGCGAUUUUUGCGACAGAGUGCUCAUUAUUUUCCCGACAGACAGAUAGUACUACUAUUGGCAUAAAAAGAGACAGAUGUCAAAAAAUUCUGCUAAUUAUUCAUAUUUUUCUCCCUUUUUCUCAGCGUCUUCCGUCUCCAAAAGCUUGUCAAACAAUUGAAACGCGCCGGGUUUUUGAGCUCUGAACUCAACGCAAGGAUACCGUAUUUUUUUUGGUCAAAAAAAACCGUAUGAUGAAAUACUAGUCCGUUGUAACGUUGCUGCAGCAAUUUUUGGCGUUUGCACUGUGCAGAAAAACUUUUUUUUUUAAAAGUGACAUUUUAUACGAUGAAAAGUGUUUUUAAAAAAAUUGCAUUAUUCAUCAUGGUAACUUGAAUUUUACCUUUGAAAAUUUCUUUCCUCAGCCUUUGUCAUUUUUUUUGAAAGUGACAUUUUAUACGAUGAAAAGUGUUUUUUCAAAAAAAUUUUUGGCUAAUUUCUAAUUCGUAUUACAUCUCUAAUAAUUUCAUUUCGCCGAUUUUUCCUUCUUUUGAGGGUUACGUUUUAUACGAUCAAAUGUAUUUUUUCAAAAAAAAAAAAAAUAUUCUCUCGUGGCUAAUUAAAUUAUUUGCUUAGAAAAAUUUUGUAUCAGAUGUUUGUAUUUAUCGCUUCUCCUAAUUUAAUUAUUAUACCCUCUAAAAAUUUGAGUAAUCGCAAAAAAAAAAACAAAAAAUCCCGUUUUCAUGCCCUCAGGCCAAAAAAAUUAAAAUGUUUUUUGUGACUUUUUUUUGUAGUAAACUUUUCUUCUACGUCAAAUUUUAGGGAAGGCCGAACGCGGCCGAAAAAAUAACCAAAAACUUUAAUAAGCUCCAUUGGGUUGCCGGGUAAUUUUUGGGCCAAAAGGCUUCACUAGGAUUGCUGAACGUGCUUCGAAAAAACAAAAAAAAAUAUUUUUUUGGCCAUUUCCAAAAAAAAAUCUAAAUUUUUCAAAAUCUUCGUUAGUCUGUCGGGAAAAUAAUGUGAAUUCUCAGUGCCUUAAAAUCGUCCUAUCAUCGUUUUGAGACAAUGAUAGAGCGACUGAGGCGCAAUAUUUUUCUGCGACAAAUCCACAUUAUUUCCCCGACAGACUGAUAUGGCCAUAUUUUGUCCAAAUUUUCGGUCUUUUUUUAGAUUUUUUUUGCUUUUUUGCCAAUGUCCGAUCUCUGCUCCACCAAAAAAAUUCGCUUGAAUUCAGGGCGUGUUCUCGGCCUCUCCUCCUUGGUCUUUUUCUCCUCCUUUCCCACUUGUUUUCCAAUAAACAUGCACUUAUGUUUGUUGUAAAAUUCCCGACUUUUAAUGAGAUGAUCUUUGGAUUUGCUUUACAUAAUAUUUUAUGUUUUUUGGGGUUUUUCAACUGAAAGUCAGAUGAUAGAAAAAUAAAAAAAAAAAAAAAAAAAAAAAAAUUUUUUUGAGAUUUUUUUUUUAAUUUCAAAAAUUCGCUACUACGUAGUAUUUUCAUAAAGUGCGUGGACAUUUUUGGUCUUUUACAGGGGGCAUCUGUACCCCGAAAACCCUUAAAGACUUCUUGAUAUAGUCUUUAAGAAAACGUCGAAAAAACUGCAAGCGUUGGCACUUUCCUCCUCUUUUUCAACAUCACCCAUAUCGAAACCCCCCAAAAUCCGACAUUUCCUGGUGAUUUUCAACCGAAAAAGUCCGAAAUUUCUCGAUCAUUUUCAACUGAAAAGACCUAGUUUUCGGGGUACAGAUGCCUCUACUUCAGAAGGUCGUAGCGACCUCAGUUUGGACUUUAAGAGCUUGUUAUUUCGUCGAGAAAAACUUAUGUCCUUUAAAAAUACAUAUUUCAAAUACGAAGUCUCUGCGCCGCCUCUGCCGGAAGUUAUAGCCUUCCACUUUCCUUCAGGUCUUUUGUAGGACCCUGUUUUACCUGUUGCACGGUGCAAAAAAUUGAAAUGCACAGUGCAAAAAACUUGCGACAAAAAGUCCACGAACUUUCUGAAAACACCAUUAAUAGUCAAAAAUAUUUGUCUGUCGGGAAAAUAAUGUGGAUUUUUCGCAGCCAAAUGUCUUUUCUCGUCGCUGUCGCACGCCAAAUCUCCUCGGCCGGCAUCGCAGAGCGAUUAUAAUCGAUUUCAAAGCGAAUCCACAUUAUUUUCCCGACAUAGUGUGGAUAGUUGAAAUUUUCGACUCCGAAAACAAUUUUUGUUCCAAGCGAAAAAGCAAGAGGAAGGUGUAAAUGUCAAAGGAAACGAAAUCCCAAAGGUUUGUAACGCGAGACGCGUCGCAUUCCGUGUGGGAUUAAAAACAGCAAAAGUUUAGAGGCGAAGAAAGCAAGCCGAGGACAAAAUAUGUAUUAUACUGCAUGUCGAAAAAAUGCCAGAAGUUUGUCAGUCUGUCGGGAAAAUAAUGUGAAAAAAUUGGAGACGUUUUAUAUGAUGAAAUGUGUUUUUUUAAAUCACGUUAUGGUUUAUGAUUAAGAAACAAAAUUUAUUUUUAUUUUUUGUAUUUUGACUAAAAUUCGGUGACAUUUUAUACGAUCGAAAAUUUUAUUUGGCAACGUUUUGUAGACUCGUAUUUUACCUAUCGAAAAAAUUUUCUUGUAAAAAUUGACCUUUCAUAUUGUCUUGCACGUCGACAUAUCUGAUCUUGCUUAAACGCUCCAUUUUUUACGAUAAAAAGUCUAAUAGUUUUUGGGAUUUUUUGAAAUUUUAAGCGUCGUAUCUUGAUGGAUAUUCAAUUUUAUGGCAAAAUAUUCCUAACACAGCCUUUAAAUACCGUAGUUUUCCAUUUAUCAAAAUUUGAAGAAAAUUGGAGACACUUUAUACCAUGAAUUGUGUUUUUUUUUAAAAAUCACCAUUUCAGGCUAAACUCAGAAAAUUAUUUGUUUUGAAAUUUUUGGUAUUCACACUAAAACUGGGUGAUAUUUUAUACGAUCAAAAAAAGUUUUGUUAAAAAAAUACCGGUUAAAUACGAGUUAAAACUCGUAUUUUACCUAUCAAAAAAAAAAUUUUAGUGCCUGAACACCCUGACUUUUUUCGCACAUUGCAGACGUCAAAAAUCAUUUUUUUAACUUUCCGGAAAGCCUAAAAAAGUCUCAAUUCCUGCCACGUGCCCGGAAAAUUUAUUUCCCCAAAUCCCCCAUGUCCCGGGGCCUCCAAAAGCACAGUAACUCGGAGUGUUUCGAACCGUCCCCGCAUGACGUUCUUCCUCCAUUUUUCUCUCAAAAAAAAACAAAAAAAAACACUUUUGGGCCGUUCCGUGUGCUCUGCGGGCAAGCCGGGAGCGAAGAGAAAAGAGCGACGCGGGGAGUAAGUUGGGGGCCGUGUGUGUUCGCUUCAGGGCAGAAGAGCCCCGGAGGGCCUGCACUCCACUUAUUUCCCCACUUUUUUGCGAUUCUUUUACGGCUCAUUUUUACAAUUGCGUGUGUUUUUCGGCCGCCCUCCUAAUCGCGACUUACAUUUUUGUAUAAAAGCAAGUUAUGGCGCGCACUUCAACCGCGAUUUGGGACAUUUCGAGGGCAAAAACAUUGUUUUAGACACCAAAAUUUGGGGAAAUUUGAAAAUUUUUGAAAAUUUUUAUCAAUAAAAGUCAAAAUAAAUAGAUGAUUAGGCAAUGUCAUGGUGGGAAAAAUGUUGCGCAAUAAAAAUUUGGGUGGUUUUCAGGCAAAAAUAUUGAUUUAGACAUCAAAAUUUUCAAAAAUCCCACUUUUUCUCGAAUUUUUUCGAUUUUUUUUUCAAAAUUGCUAGCUGUAUAGCAGAUAUUAAUGUAAAAACAUGUCUCCUAUAUUGUCUAAGAAUUCCACAAGAAAUCUUUUACAUUUGGCUAUCAAAAACAUUGUUUUAGAUAUAAAAAUUCGGACGUUUCUCGGUUUUUGAUGAUUUUUUUCAAAUUUCUUCAAAUAUUCCCUAAAAUAGUUUGUAUAUUGGCCGUUUUCGGUAAUCUCGAGUAUGAACAGUCUCUGAAUAUUACUUUAGACAUUUCAAAAUUUAAAGUUUUUAUCGAAAAAAUGACAAAAAAGGCAAAAUUUGAGAUUUUUUUUGGGAAAAAUGGGUAAAAUACGAAGAAUCUGGGAUUGUUUCCAUGUAACUUCAUUUUUUAAACUCUAAAUUUUCUCUCUCCGCAGUUUUCCAUUCAAAAAAUUUCUUAAAACCUCCAAAAAUCCGAAGGUGACAUUUUAUACGGAAAACUAUUUCGUUCGUAUAAAAUGUCUCUUACCCAGUUCUGUAAUAUAACUUUUUAUGGCCUUAAAUUUUCUCUCUACAGUUUUCCACUCAAAAAUUUUCUUAAAAACCCCAAAAAUCCGAAGGUGACAUUUUAUACGCAAACCUUUUUUCGUAUAAAAUGUCUCUUACCCAGUUCUGUAAUAUCAUUUUUUAUGGUGUUAAAUUUUACUCUCUCUACAGUUUUUCACUUAAAAAACUUUGAAAACCCCAAGUAUUCGGAGGUGACAUUUUAUACGCAAACCUUUUUUCGUAUAAAAUGUCUCUUACCCAGUUCUGUAAUAUCGUUUUUUAUGGCCUGAAAUUUUCGCUCUCUACAGUUUCCACUCAAAAAAUUUUCCGAAAACCCCAAAAAUCCGAAGGUGACAUUUUAUACGCAAACCUUUUUCGUUCGUAUAAAAUGUCUCUUAUCCAGUUCUGGACGGCUUUGGUUGUUAAUUAGCGGCUUUAUAUAGCCGACGUCUGACGGGCAUUCUUUUCGGGGCCGCUUCUUUGGCCGUCUUGGCAACGAAGACUGCCCGAGGCGGUUCCGUGCGCUAAUUUGGACGGGAUUGUGUGAGAAUUGUAAAAAUUUCGGAUUAAUGACGUAUUAUGGAGCGGAAUGGAGUUGAAAUGGAGUUGAAAAUUUUGGAUUAUUGUGGUGAGAACGCUUGAUUUCUGCGUAUUUUCGGGGGAAAAUUUGGGUUUUUGACAAAAAUUGUCAAAUAUUUUUUUUGGAUUUAGCAGUUUUGAAGGUAAAAAAAGAAAUACUGAAAUACUGACUUAUACGAAAGCCGUAUUUUACAAAAAUCUUAUCUUUUUGCCAAAAAAAUUUAUUAAUUUUGCAAAAAAAAAUUAAAAAGUAUCAAAAAACCUCAUUUUUCGUCUAAAUCAGGGCUUGAAAUUUUACUCAUUUUACUCGGUAAACCGUGAUUUACAUUAUCCUCACUUCUUUGCUUAUGAUUCUAACCAUUUUUAUCGAUAAAGUCAUGAAAAACCGGGGAAAAAUCAAAAAAAUCCCGUUUUUUCUUCAAAAUUUCAAAAAAUUCUGAUUUAUUUUAGUCAAGUUUGGGUUCUAUAUGACGUAUUUUACCCAGUAUUUUAUUUGUUAUCAAAAAAUUUUCCUAUUUUUGCCAAAUUUAUCUCGAAAAUCACAAAAAAAUCGCAAAAUUUACAAAGGAAGUACCCCAAGUGCAACGCUCAGAAUUUUUUUGAAAUUUUGCACACACGUCGGGUAUGAACUAAAUAUCAAUUCCUGAAAGUUUUAGCUCGCGCUAUGCAAGAGCCACCGAGAUAUCGAACGAUUUUUGCCGCCGAGAGAGCACGCUAAACGCGGAGAGCGGUCAGAGAGAAACCCGCUUUUUGGCCAUAACUUUGGCAGUUUCGAGCGGAAAAAUUUGAUUUUUUGUUGAAACAUUACCCUUUACGAUAGAAAUAGGCAUGAAACUUUUCGUGCCAAAAUUCGGCAAAAAGUGUCAAAUUUUUGCCGACUUUCGAUCCGAAAAUCUCGGUUGUUUCUGCAAAGCGCGAGCUAGGAUUCUCGGAUAUUUUUUAGAAAAAAAUAUUCUAAAGUUGUGCCAAGUUUCAUCAAAAUCUGAGCGUCGCACUUGGGGUACUCCACCGGUUAUAUAUUAUAGUUACUUUUGGGCUUUAUACGACGUAUUUUACCCAGGGUUUUAUUUGUCAUCAAAAAAUCGACUUCUUUUUUGGCCAAUUUGUCACCCAAAUCCCAAGAAAAUCCCGAAAUUUCGCUCAAAAUCGCUCAAAAAAUCGCUGUAGCCCAAUUCCCCCCAUCGCACAUGUCCCUUCCACUCCGCACAACAUGACCUUGCAUUCCAAGCAAGCUCUUCGCUUCGCGUUUGUUUCAAUUUCAUAUUGUUUAUCACACUUCCACCCACUUAUUUUCACGCGAAAAUAAGCCUCGUUUGGACAGCGUUGCCGCAGGCAGUUGGGCAAACGGCCCAACGCUGUGCAAGUUUGCUCAAGUUUGGGGUAUAAAGCGGGGAUUGGGAGGGUUUUAAAAGGUCAAAUUUUGUGAUAAAGAGUUCAAUAGCCUUCAAAUACUGUAGUUUUCGAUGUACCAAAGUUUGGAAAGAAUUGGAGACAUUUUAUACGAUGAAAUAUAUAUAUUUUUAAAUCUGCAUUUUUUGCAACUUUAUGGCUACAAAAAUCAAAAAAAUAUUGAUUUCUAAGUUCUUGGCAUUUCUACUAAAAUUUGGUGACAUUUUAUACGAUCAAUCAUGUAAUUACCGAAGAGUAGUUUGACUCGUAUUUUACCUAUAGCAGAAAAAAAUUUCUUGUAAAGCUGUCCUUUUAUCUAGUCUUGUAUGUUGAAAUAUUUGAUCUGGCUUAAAAGCUCAAGUGUUCUGAUAAAAAGUCUAAUAGUCUUUGAGAUUUUUUGCUAUUUAAAUCGCCGUAUCUUGAUGGAUAUUCAGUCUUAUGACAAAAUAUUUCGACCAUAGCCUUGAAAUACUGUAAUUUUUGAUCUAUCCAAAUUUCAGAAAAAUCGGUGACAUUUUAUACGAUGAAAUAUGUUUUUUGAAAAAUCACAAUUUUUGGUAAUUUUAUGGUUAAAAAAGUAAAAAAUUACUGAUUUCUAAAUUUUUUGGCAUUUCUACUAUAAUUCGGUGACAUUUUAUAUGAUCAAACAUGCUCUUGUCAAAGUGUAUUUGGCGCGUAUUUUACCUAUAUCAGAAAAAAAAAUUCUUGUAAAACUGUCCUUUUAUCUUGUCUUGUAUGUCGAAAUUUCCUGCUUUAUUUUUUCGAUUUUACAACGACUAGAGCCGUCCAUUUAUUUUGUUGCCCUUUCCCCUUUGAUAGGUUCGAUUUUGCGAUUCAUUUUUGGAGGGUGAUUACAACGAUGACGGGUGGAAAGACUGUAGAAAAACAGGAUUUUUAUUGAUUGGACUUUAGAGUGAUAGGAAAGGCGUGUUGGGGUCUUGGACCUUUAAUUUUUUGAAAAAUUUUCUUAUAACUUUAUAGCUGAAGUGCUCAAAAAUUAUAGCUCCGAUUUUGUUAAAAUUUUGGCCAAGAAAUCUGCAUAGAUCAAGUAGCAAUUGCUGAAAAUUUCAGCUCAUCAUUUACAAGGAGAACCGAGAUAUUCAGCGAUCUUUGGCGCCGAGAGAGCACGCAAAAUGCGGAGAGACAGCCGGAGAAAUUCUUUUUUUGGCUGUUUCGCCUCGGGUUUCCUGGGGAAAAAGUGAUUUUUUGUGGAAAUAUUGGUGGUGGUGUGUAGGGCAGAAUGCCAAUUUCGUUAUCUAAAAAAAAAUUUGAGAUUUUUCAAAUUAAAAAUUUUAAUUAUUUUUUGCAAAGUUCGCUUAAAAAAGCAUGUAAAAACAGUGUAUUUUUUGCUGAAUUUUUUACGAUAUUUCUUUGGCAUGAAACAUUUAUUUUUUUUUAAAAAUCAAGAAAAAUUUGAAUUUUUUUUAUUUUCUGGCGUAAAAUUCUCAUUCAUUUUUAUGAAAAAGCUAUCUUAAAGUGUUAGAUGUGUCUUGAAAAAAAAAAUAUUAUCUAUAUUUGUCACUAUUUAAAAAUUUUUUUUUUAAUUAUUUUUUAUUUAUUUUUUAUUUUUUUUUUUAUUUUAAAAAAAUAUUUUCGCUUGACCUCUCCAUUUUUUCGAAUUUCUAUUUUUCGCUCCCAUUUUUUCGCUUCCAUUAUUCCAAUUAGAGACUACAAUUCCCUCCAAAACUUUCUUUACACUGUCUUCAAUGAUCAAUGUUGCGCACAAAUUUUGUACUUGUAAAUUUAGUAAAAAAAACUCUUCUUUUCUUCCAAUUCUUUUAUUCCUAAUUCGAUUUUCUGAAAAUCUGAAAAAAUUGGAGCAGAGAACAGCGUAGAAGUCGUAAAAAUUGAAGAGAAAAUAUUGAAAUUUUUAAAUAAAAAUUUUUUUUUAAUUUCCUGGAAUUUCAAAAAUAAAAAUAAUAUUUAAAUCAUUUUUUAAUAAUUUUCGGCAAUUUUUCGGAAUUCCAAAAUAAAAAAAUAAAAUAAAAAAAAGCCAAUUUUUUUUUUAAUUCCGAAAAAGGGUUGUUUUCAAAACCCAUGCUACAAUUAACUUGCAGUCAACUUUACUAAUCGUCAGCUUGCAAUUUUUUCAUUCCUUCAAAAGAAAUGGUCGGGUUUUUUUCGUUGAAUGGACAUGUUACAAUUAGGAAAGGGGGAAUUUUGGUCUCUAAUCGAUUUUUGAGGGGGAAUAGUUUUAGUUAUAUGUAAAAUAAGGUCAAAAAAUAUAUUUUUUUAACAAGGAAAGUACUUUUAUGGGGGCUCCUACUUUUUGACGGGACAUAUCUCAAAAAAUCAGAAAAAAUGUGGUGAUCAAGGAUAUAUAAAUCUUAGCUGCCCAUUUUAGGUUUUUAGGGGUGAAAACUCAAUCGUUGACUUAAAGCCCUAUACGAACCCCUUUUCGCUUGAUUUUUCACAGGUUUACAGUUUUUAUUUUGGCUUAAAAUGAUGUUUAUUGAGUUUCUAAGACGUAAUAAAUCAGUAUUGGCACAAAAAUUUAUUUUUCCGACCUUCAACAUCAAAAAAAGUUGAUUCAGUCCAAAAGGGAAACCGAACCCGUGCGGCGUUCCCCUCUUGAUUCUCAGACUGCGACACUAGCCACUCGGCCACACCGCUCUCUUCCGAAGGAAGAAACCGACUGAGCUUUUUAUCGUUUCGAGUGCCUGCGCCUUUUGUAGGGAAAUUAAGCCAGUUUUUGGGCAUUUUCACCCCUAAAAACCUAAAAUGGGCAGCUAGGAUUUAUAUAUCCUUGAUCAGCACAUUUUUUCUGAUUUUUUGAGAUAUGUCCCGUCAAAAAGUAGGAGCCCCCAUAAAAGUACUUUCCUUGUAAAAUUAGCGUCCAUACAGCUGGAAAAAAGGAAAUAAUAAAAAAAUUUUAAAAAAUUUUCUUUUUUUUUUAUUUUUUAUCUCUAAUCGACUUUUGAGGGGGAAUAACUUUAGCUAUAUGUAAAAUAAGCUCAAAAAUUUUCUUUUAAAUCAUAUCGUCCAUAAAACUGGAAAAAAAUAAUAAAAAAUUUUUAAAAAAAUUUCUUUUUUUUUUAUUUUUUUUGGUCUCUAAUCGAUUUUUUUAGUAAAAUAAGCUCAAAGAUAUAUUUUUUUAAAAUCAUAGUGUCCCUACAGCUGGAAAAAAGAAAGUAAUAAAAAAAUUUUAAAAAAUUCUCUUUUUCUUUAUUUCUUUAAUCUCUAAUCGAUUUUUGAGGGGGAAUAAUUUUAGCUAUAUGUAGAAUAAGCUCAAAUUUUUUUUUCAUAGCGUCCCUACAGCUGGAAAAAAGAAAAUAAUAAAAAAAUUUUUAAAAAUUCUCUUUUUCUUUAUUUCUUUAAUCUCUAAUCGAUUUUUGAGGGGGAAUAAUUUUAGCUAUAUGUAGAAUAAGCUCAAAUUUUUUUUUCAUAGCGUCCCUACAGCUGGAAAAAAGAAAAUAAUAAAAAAAUUUUUAAAAAUUCUCUUUUUCUUUAUUUCUUUAAUCUCUAAUCGAUUUUUGAGGGGGAAUAAUUUUAGCUAUAUGUAGAAUAAGCUCAAAUUUUUUUUCAUAGCGUCCCUACAGCUGGAAAAAAGAAAAUAAUAAAAAAAUUUUUAAAAAUUCUCUUUUUCUUUAUUUCUUUAAUCUCUAAUCGAUUUUUGAGGGGGAAUAAUUUUAGCUAUAUGUAGAAUAAGCUCAAAUUUUUUUUUCAUAGCGUCCCUACAGCUGGAAAAAAGAAAAUAAUAAAAAAAUUUUUAAAAAUUCUCUUUUUCUUUAUUUCUUUAAUCUCUAAUCGAUUUUUGAGGGGGAAUAAUUUUAGCUAUAUGUAGAAUAAGCUCAAAUUUUUUUUUCAUAGCGUCCCUACAGCUGGAAAAAAGAAAAUAAUAAAAAAAAAAUAAAAAAAAAUUUCAAAAUUAAAAAAGUUUUUUGAUCUCUAAUCGAUUUUUGAGGGGGAAUAAUUUUAGUUAUAUGUAGAAUAACCUCAAAAAAUAUUUUUUUAAAAAUCAUAGCGUCCCUACAGCUGGAAAAAAGAAAAUAAUAAAAAAAACAAUAAAAAAAAAUUUCAAAAAGAAAAAAAAAUUUUGUUUUAGAAUUUAGUUAAAAUUUUGUCAAAAUAGUUUUAAUAGGCCAAUAAUCACUCCCUGAAAAUUUUAGCUUACUUCUUCAAAUGAGAGCCGAGAUAUUCAACGAUUUAUUUUGGGAUGUGAGAGACUAUAGAAAAUAAUGAGAGACGGUAGAGAAAAAAAAUGGAAGGGAUUGUUUUGAAUUUUGCUUGGAGAGAAGUGAUUUUUAUUGACGAAAAAAAUUUUUUUUUGUUUUUUUUAUUUCGACCCAAAAAUCGGGGUUUUUUUUAUUUCUUUAUUUAUUUUUUUCGUAAUUUUCCCUCCUCUUGUCUCUCCAUAAUAUAUAUAAUAAAGACUAUAUAUAUAGUAUGUCUUGCUCCCUUCUCAUAGCAAAAGGUGUUCAGCCGGUCCAAUUCAAUUAUUAUUUUUUCUCUGCCUUUGCCUGGCGACUGUUUUUCGGGCGCUUUUAUAUACCCGAAAACAAAGGCUUUCGUAACUUGUAACCUUCUGUGUUUUUUUUUAUUAACGAAAUGGACUCGCUCUCUCAAAGACCAUCUGUUUUUGGGGCCAAACCAAUUUAUUUUGAAGUAUAUAAUAAUAUAAGUUUUGGGUGCCAUUUUAUACGACAAAAAAUAUUUUUGAUUAUUUUUUUUUGAAGAUGUGAAAAAAAAGUAUAAUAAUACCAGAUAUGGGAGACAAUUUAUAAGAUAGAAAAUUUUUUUAUUUUUUUUUAUUUUUUAAUUAAAAAUUUGCAUAAAUUAUUUUAAUUUUUUUUGAUAAAGCAAAAAAAGAAACAAUAUAAGCUUUGGGAGACAUUUUAUACGAAAAAAUAUUUUUUAAUUUUUUUUAUUUUUUAUUUUUUUUAAAUUAUAAAAUUUGCAUAGAUCAUUUUUCUUUAUUUUUUCACUUGAAAUUGCAAAAAAAUAUUUUUUUUUUCAAAAAAUUUUUUAAAAUUUUUUUUAUUUUCAGUGCCUCGCCCCCUCGAAAUCGCCCUCUGAACCCGGCUUAUCCGCGCACCGAGAUGAAUCAGAACCUCAUGAACAGCCAUAAUAUCCCACAAGAGGGCUAUAGUCCGGGCCAGAAUGCGAAUGGGGCGUACGGGAACUACCCGACCACCCAACUGCAUAUUGAUGUAGGCAACCAUGGACAAGUAAGAAAAAAUUUUUAUCUUUUAUUUUUUGGAGUUUUAGAUCGUGUUUUAUCACCAGAUCAAACUCAAUAAAGCAAGACGAAGCUAUGAAAAAAAAAAUUUUCCAAAAUACUCAAAAAAAAUUUUUUUCGUAUAAAAUGUCUCCACUCAAUUUUUGACUUCUAAAGUAAAUUUCCCCAAAUUUUAGGGCAAUUACAUUUCUCCCGAUCCCUCCUCGCAGUCCUCCUACUAUUCGAACGCCAGUGCUCCGCGCUCCGAUUGCACUUACAACACAAGUCAUCAGGAUGAGCUGUGUGUGCCUCAGCAAAAGAAGUCGGCUAGUGUUUCGCCCUCAAAUUACUUCCAACAGUUCCCGGGAUACAACAACAAUGAUAGCCGCUCGUUUGAUUAUUACGAACAGCCGUGGAGAAAGAGCUCGUUGGCACCGAAUAUGCGAUUGUAAGUGGAUUUGAUGUAUAUUAACAUGUAUAGAUGUAGCUGCUAAAAAAAAUUAAAAUUUGAUUUUUUCAAAUGAAAUUUCUAAUACAGCGUAUUUUACCUUCUAAAUUACUUAUUACAACUUUUUUUCUUUUUUUAAUUUAAAUUUUCCGCCAAGGCGACAUUUUAUACGAAAGAUUUCCGAAAGCACAUUUCAUCGUAUAAAAAGUCGCCGAAAGCUAAAUCAUGCUUUCAGCUUGGUCUAGAGAAGCUUUUGGAGUCCAAAUAUUGUAUUAGAGCGUUUUUAGAUGGCAAGAUAUACUUGUUAUUUCAAAAAAAAUUUUUGAAAUUUGAAAUAAAAAACAUAAUUUUUACCUGCAACAUUAAAAACCACGUAUUUUAACCUUUAAAUUACUUAUUACAACUGUUUUUCCCUUUUGUUUGAAGAUCCCGCCAAGGCGACAUUUUAUACGAAAAAUUUCCGAAAGCAUAUUUCAUCGUAUAAAAUGUCUCUGAAAACAAAAUAAUCCUUUCACCUUGUUGUAGAGAAGAUAUCGAGGGCUAAAAAUUGUUUUAAAGAAUAAAUUUAUUCACAAUCCUUCAAAAAACAUUUUUUUCAGAAACUCCUCGCACUCACCAAAUUCGGCCUAUAUCAAUGGGCAUUCGCAAUAUCCAACACAGCCAAACCCAAAGCGCAGUAUAAACUUCAAUUUCGACACGCCAACUCCAGCGCCCCAACCACAACCGGCCGGGUUUGGGAGGAAGACCAGUUUCGCAGUUUUUGAGGACAAAUCGAAGGAAAAUCGGCGGGAAGGACUGGUAGGUUGAUAUUUAUUAGAGUUUUUUGUUUGAAAAUUUAGGAGAGAAGGAUUGCGUAGCGAAUAAGUUUCAUUCCGGCAUUAAAGCGGCCAAAUUUGCAUAAUUUUAUAUGGUAAUAGAUAUAAAGGUGUUUUGGUCAAAAAGCCUAUCUUCUCGACAGAAUUUCGAUGAGAAAUCGCAAUGAACUUUCGUCAUAAGGCCUAUAAAUCAUUUUGAUUUUACAGUACCACGCCAAAUCCCUCUCCAAUUUGCAAAAACCGGAGAAAACGCGAAGCCAGUCGCUCAGCGCCGCCGAGUUUUUCAAACGCGAAGCGCCCGCCAAGCCGGUCGUCAAACAAAAUCAAUCCCUCUGGCAACACGCAUCGGGCCUUCGAUCGAACAAGAAUUCCAUCGCCGGAGUGCCACCGACCAAGUCACAGCUGGGAAUGGGCACAACACCGUACACUCCACCGCCAAUGUUGAUGCCAAAAAGAAGCGGAACUGGACUGUAUUGGAGUAUCAGGAAGAAUUGUAAGUGUUUUUGAGCCAUUUAUGGUGUUGUGGAAAUGUUUUGAGAAAAUCGGCGAGGGCGACAUUUUAUACGAAGGAAAUGUUUUGUCGUAUAAAAUGUCGCUUGAUCGAAAAAUGUUUAUGCAAAUAGUAGAAGAAGUCGGGGGUUUUUUAUGUUUUGACUAGAUCAUUCUCGGUUUUAUUAUGGGGACAUUUUAUACGAAAAACCUUUUUGUCGUAUAAAAUGUCUCCCAUCGUGGAAGAGCCGGUAGAACCUCUAAUAUGAAUCAAAGUAGAGUCCAUAGGUGUUGUUUAUAUUUUUCAUUCAUAAUUUUCAAUUUUACGCCCUUGUUGACAAUUUAUACGAUAAAAUAUUUGUAUCGUAUAAAAUGUCUCCCAUCUUUUAGGAGCCUGUGAAACUUCUAAUAUGAAUAGAAGUACAUUCGCUGGGGGUUGUUUAUACUUUUCCAUACAUAAUUUUUUUUAAUUUUAUGCCCUUGUUGACAUCUUAUACGACAAAACAUUUUUGUCGUAUAAAAUGUCUCCUAUCGUGGAAGAGCCGGGGAAACUUCCAAUAUGAAUAGAAGUACAUUCGCUGGGGGUUGUUUAUACUUUUCCAUACAUAAUUUUUAAAAUUUUAUGCCCUUGUUGACACUUUAUACGACAAAACAUUUUUGUCGUAUAAAAUGUCGCGUCUACGCGGGCGAGCAUAGUGUGACUAAAAUAAGUCACGGAAAUUGCAGUCCGUGGACUUUAAUAACUCAUGAAAUUUUUAUGUGACAGGAUUGACUGUGGUGGCCGGGCAUUUCUUGGAUUUCCGUUGUAAACAGCCCAAUUUGUCGCCUUUGGCUGUCCCAAAAAACUAAAAAAUAGAUAGGGGAAAUUGUAAGGGAGGGAGAAGCGGGUCCCAAAAUUUGCGGGCAAGCGGAUUGGAGGCAAGUUUCAUGGUCUGAAGGUCAAGAUUUUGAAGUUUGACCUAGAGUUGUAGUUAUUUUGAGGAAAGGGGAGAAAAAUAUCGAAAAUUUCUAAUAGUAUUGGGCAAAUCAAUGUUUCAUAAGUCUCCUGAAGCCUCAAUAAAUAUCUGUAAAGGCUUUUGUAGGGUUUUGUAAUUCUUUGAAGCCCCCUUUUCACUAUUUUUAUAUUGAUUUAGCCCAAAAAACCCACUUUUUUCCAAAAAAAUUCAAUUUUUUCUCUGUAACUUGUCUGAAUUCCCAAAUGUCAUGUCCCAUGUUGAACGAAAAUGGGUUUACAGCAUCCGUAGAGCGCGUGAGGGUGUCUUGAGACACUUUAAACACCUGUCUUUACAUUAAUUUUUCGUCUAAAAGUGCUAAAUUUUGUUUUGCCUCCGAAAAAACGAAUUUUUAUUCAAGUUGAUCCCAAAAAAUGUAAAAAACAAUUGCCGAAAUUUCAUGUAAAUGGCUGGAAUUUGGGCACUGUGUAGUGUCGGGAGAUGUUGUUUGUUUUACUUGUUCGGGCCUACGUAUUUGGAUAAUCUCGGAUGAAAAUGGGAAGGUUGAGAUGUCGCGGCGGACUUUUCAAGGCUUAAAAAUUUUUGGUGCACUAUUUUUUUUUGCAAAAAAAAGUUUUUUUAUAAUUUUUCCGGUUUAAAAUUGGCUGAAAUACAGCCAAAAAACGUUUUUUCUCUGACCGUCUCUCCACACUUUCCAUACUCUCUCGCCAAAAGCCCGUUGAAUAUCUCGGCUCCCUCUGAAAAGCAUGAGCUAAAAUUUUCUGGGAAAAAUUCAUUGUCUAUAUAGGAUACGUAGGCGGGAUUUAUACCUUUUUUCGGCGAAAAAACCGAGAUUUUAGGCCAAAAGUCGUCGACAAAAAUUUUUCAAAUUUUUUUGCGAUUUUUGGCAUGAAAAAAUUUACACAUGUUUCUAAUGCAGAAGGAAAUAUUUCUACAAAAAAUUAAUUUUUCCGGCCCGAAACUGGCAGAGAUAUGGCCAAAAAAUAUUUUUUCUCUGACCGUCUCUCCACAUUUUCCAUACUCUCUCGUCAAAAGGUCGUUGAAUAUCUCGGCUCUCUCUGAAAAGCAUGAGCUAAAAAUUUCUGGAAUUGAUUCUUGGUCCAUACAGAAUAUGUAUGCAAAAUUUGAAGACAAUCCAAGCACUGUAACUCGAGAUAUUUCUCUUUUAAUCUAGAGUAACCCUAAAAUUUGAAAAGCUCGCGUUAAAAUUUUCUUCGUCGAAAAACAUGAGCUAAAAUUUUCCGAAAAUAAUUUUCAUUUCAUACGAAAUACGGACGCCAAAUUUGAUGCAAAUCCGAGCGCUGUAACUCUCGAAAUUCGCGUUUCAACCUACCGUAUCCCCCGAAAGUUUGACCUCAUCCCGUUCGGAGCGCAAUUUUGAAACGAAAAACAAUCCGAAUUGUAGGAAUCUCUGUUAUUAUGGACGCAUUGAGAAAGCGGGUCGAUGUUAUGUGUACAUACAUUAAUUGGGAGUGUCAAAAACUUGUUAUUCGAGACGAAUUUGUGCGUGCAUUCGGGCGGGUUUCGCGAACAAACAGCGGUAGGAGUUUUACAAAUUUCGCUGGGGAGGUCGUAUGUUUUGUAAGACUAGAACUCGAGGUACGAAGGUCGGAUUUACUUCAAAUUUUGUGUACGUCUUCUGUAUGAAGUGAAAAUCAUUUGCAGAAAAUUUUGGCUCAUGCUUUUCAACGAGAGAAAUUUUAACGCAAGCUUUUCGAAUUUUGGGGAUACUGUAGAUUGAAAGAGAGAUAUCUCAAGUUACAGUGCUCGGAUUUUCUUCAAAUUUUGCUCACAUGUUCUACUAGUCCGUCCGUAAAGUCGCUGGAAUGUUUUCGGCGACAUGCACCCCGCGAAACCGAAAGUUCACUUUGCACUGUGCAAUUUUUGGCUUUUUGCACAGUGCAAUGAGCUUUUUGGGACGUCGCUCGCACCCUGAGUUUUCUUGCACAGUGCGCGUCGCCGAAAUCAUUCCAGCGACUUUACGGAAGGACUAGUAUAUGGACCAAUAAUCAAUUCCAGAAAAUCUUAGCUCAUGCUUUUCAGAGAGAGCCGAGAUAUUCAACGGCCGAGAGAGUAUGGAAAAUGUGGAGAGACGGUCGGAGAAAAAAUGUUUUUUGGCCAUAUCACUGGUAGUUUUGAGCCGGAAAAAUUGAUUUUUUGUGGAAAUAUUACCCUCUACAUUAGAAAAAUGUGUAAAACUUUUCGUGCCAAAAUUCACAUAAAAUUGAAAAAAUUUUGCCAACUUUUUGCCUAAAAAUCUGUCGUCGCACUUUGAGCAAUUUCCUUGUCACAUUUGCUUCAAAUUUUGCAUACGUAUUCUGUAUGUUUUAAGAAUCAAUUCCAGAAAAUUUUAGCUCAUGCUUUUCAGAGGGAGCCGAGAUAUUCAAAGGGGCUUUUGACGAGAGAGUAUGGAAAAUGUGGAGAGACGGUCAGAGAAAAAAUGUUUUUUGGCCAUAUCUCUGCCAGUUUUGAGCCAAAAAAAUUGAUUUUUUGUGGAAAUAUUACAUGUUUGACACAGAAUCAGGUCUACUAUCAAAAAAAUAUUUAAAAAAAAAAAUUAAAAAUUAAAUUUUUGGUAUUUUCCUUUCCUUCAGAGCCUCAGGGGCAAUUAUUUACCUGCAGAAUGUUGCAAAAACAUCCUGCAUUCAUUGUCAGUGUAAAUAAAGAAAAUAAAAAAAUUUUUUUUUUGGACUUGGCCAUUCUUCUUGAUGGCCAAAUUGGAUUAGAAAAAAAAGAGAUGCAGCUACGGUAGCCUGAUUGGGACGAGAGCAAAAGCCCAAAUUAUUCGGUUUUGCAGAGUUUGAAAUAUUUUUUAUAGAAAAUACAUACAAUUUUUGAAGUUAAAACAGGUUUUACAGUACAAUGUGGGAAGCACGUGUUUAAUAUUGUAAAUUAUGUGAAAUGAGAAUUCGAAACUAAGAAUUGGGAUUAAAAUGAUGUUUCUGACAGGUUUUAAAGUUGUUUCGGUUUCUAAAUAUAUACGGUACUGUACAUGAUGAAGUCGAAACAUAGUCAAAAUAGGUUGAAUUAUGUGGUGAUUUGAUAUGAAAAUUGUCAGAAAGGCAUAAAAAAGCGUUUUGGAGGUUCUUUUUCGCGAUUUUUUCGACUCUUUAUGGCCAUUUUUUAACCGUUUUUUAGUAUUUAUUUUUUGUAAAAUACAGGGUGUCCCAAAAAAUGCAUGUUAUUUUUAUUGCUUCAUUUUAUAUAUCAAACAAAAUUUAGCAAAACUAACGAUGGAUAUCAGUAACAUAGAGGAUUAUUGAUAAGAUGUCAAGCCGGCUUCAGAGUGGCUGCCUUUGGAGGCGAUAUAGAGCUCCAAACGUGACUUAAAAUUUCGCGCUCAAGUGUCGCUUUUCCUCGAACCUCCGGCUUGCCCGAACUCUGAACCCCAGUCUUUCGCCCCUCCCUCCCCUUGACUCAUGCGUUUUUUUCACUUCGAAAUUCUUGGAAAUGCAUCGCUUUCCAUUUUUGCAGAGCCGCCAAUUCCAAUUUAGGAAACGGGGUCCUAUUCCAUUUCGCAAAAAAAAAUUUUUUUUUUGUUUUUUUCUGCAAAAUUCGGGCACGCCGAAAAUAGGACAAUCAAAUUCGGCAAUCUUUCGGAGCACUCUCCCCCCGUUUUUUUUUUAUUCCGUCCUAAUUUUUGGGCCGCAGGCGUUCUUUUGCAGCCGCGAAUUCUAAUUAAAAUUUCGGAAGGAUUUGAAAAAAAACUUUUUUUUGGAAUUUUUGAGUGUACUGUGGGAAUUUUGAUCAAAAAAAUGGAAUAUAAAAUUAGCCGGAGAUUAAAUUAACCUAUUUUUAUAAGAAAAUGCCCUUAUAUAGCUUGGGGCUUACAAAUCUUGGUCUGUCCAGAAAAUGUGUCACGAUGACACCUUUUUAAAAUGUGUCAGCGAUAUAAAUAAUGGCUGUAUGUGGGUAGGAGUACCCUCCAGAGCAUUCAUAAAAAAAUCGGGCCCAACACUUUCAGAAUGCGCAAUUUGGAUGACGGAUUUUCUGGAUUUUUCGAUUUUUUUCAGCGAUGAGAAUCUUGAUAAUGCCCGAAUUUUUUUGACAUGCUCUUGAGUGCUCUCCUAGCCAUAUAAAUCCAUUUUUUAUGCUACUCGCACUUUUUAAAAGGGUGUCAUCGUGACACAUUUUCUGGACAUGCAGCUGCCCUGGGCUAUUUAGCAAAAAAUUGUAGGAUUUUUUUGCAAUUUUUCGAACUUUUGCGAACUUUUUUUUCUGUUUCAUUAAAAAUUUCCGACGUUUAUGGACCAUUGGAAUGUCAUGCAGGUGGCUUUAACCGGAUAUCGUGCGUUCCAGGCCGUGAAAAGCGGGUUUUUUCGGCAGCGGCCAGCUUUUCGUUUCGAAGUAAUUUCGGCUCAUUUUGCGACUAUUUUUUGGUGCGAAAUGACGGAAUAUACGAAAGGAAUGGCGUGGUAAUGAGGCGCGGCGCGUCUAGACGGCAAAAGGAACGGCUGUUAUUGUCGUAUCGAGCGUGACGAACCUAUGUAAUGAGGUUUUUUGGGGAAAAAUUGGGAAUUUAGGUGAAAUCUUGGAUUUUUUUGAGAAAAACACAGUUUUUUACUGGUGAAAAUACAGUUUUAUUAUAGAAAAUACCAUGAGAUUGCUUUUUGAGCCUAUAAUUUACGAGAAAAAUCGAUUUUUUCUAGCAAAAAAUGGGAAAUUUUGGAAAUGUUACCUAAAAUAAGGUAAAAACCGAAUUUUAUCGCGAAAAUGGGGGAUUUCAAAAGUUUAUAUGAUGUACAAGCCUUAGUUAUUAAUUAUCACAGCUAUUCAGGACGUAUUUUACCCCUAACCAACCCUUUUUCCACCAAAAAUUAUAUUGUUUUACAUUUUUGCUGCAAAAUUUCCUGCCAAUUUGACCUCAUCAAAUAUUAGAAAUAGGUUCAAGAUACCACUCAUUUUAAAGCAGACACCUUCAUUUCCAUUUAUAUUCAAUGAAAAGGUGGAAUGGAGUAGAAUAAACUACAAAAAUAAGUCAAAUGUUUUGUUCCACCGGCCUGUUCCAAACAAUGUGUUGGACUGGUGAAAAAAGCGAGGAAAAUGUAUGAAAUUGAAAGUGUUGAUGGUUGUGACAUGUUCUAGAAUGUCUGAGGGGUCUUUGGAAAGGAGUGAGAUGCAAAAGAUUACUGUAAUUUUGCUGUAAAAUUUAGAAAACUGCGAAAUAGCAAAAAAAGUCUGAAAAAAGCUUGGAAAAUGUAUCAAAUUGAAAGUGUUGAUGGUCGUAAUAAUUGCUAGAAUGUCUGAGAGAUUGUAAAGAGUCUUUAGAAAGAAGUGGGAUUGAAAGGAUUACUGUAAUUUUGCACUAAUAUUUGGAAAACUGUGAAAUAGCGAAAAAAGUCCGAAAUAACGUGGAAAAUAUAUGAAAUUGAAAGUGUUGAUGGUUGUAACAAGUUCUAGAAUGUCUGAGAGGUCUUUAGAAAGAAGUGGGAUGCAAAAGAUUACUGUAAUUUUUUAUUUAUUUGGCUUUAAAGCUUUGAAAUUUACGAAAAAGCGGAAAAAAUCUAAAAACACGUGAAAAAUAUAUGAAAUUGAAAGUGUUGAUGGUUGUAACAGGUUCUGGAAUGUCUGAGAGGUCUUUGGAAAGAAGUGGGAUGCAAAAGAUUACUGUAAUUUCACUGUAAAUUUAGAAAUAGCGAAAAAAGUCUGAAAAACGUGGAAAAUGUAUGAAACUAAAAGUGUUGAUGGUUGUAACAUGUUUUAGAAUGUCUGAGUAGGCUUUAGAAAGAAGUAGAAUUAAAAGGAUUACUGUAAUUUCACUGUAAAUUCAAAAAAUUGCGAAAAAAUCAAAAGAAACCCAUAGUAAUGUAUGAAAUCUAAAGUGUUGAUGGUUGUAACAUGUUCUAGAAUGUCUGAGAGGUCUUUAGAAACAAGUGGCAUUCAAAGGAUUACUGUAAUUUUGCUCUAAAAGUACAAAAUUAUCAAAAAACUUGAUUUUUUCGCCAUUUCAUCGCGAUUCAUCCCUUUCCUCCACUAAAUUCUUGCCCUUUUCCUGCACAAAGGAGACACGUUGCCCUCAGGGCGUCUGACAUUACAUCAAGCGCAGUCUUUGGCCGCGGGGAUUCAUUUGAAACUGAGUCAUUUGCCUUUUUUGCAUUAUUGUCUGGAGGAAUUAGUCAGCCGAUUUUUUGCGGCCUACUUUGAUUGUACGGAGUUUUAAAGACGAAAAAGUGGCGCUGACAUGGACACAAUGGAUCUAACGGAAAAAAUGGCGCUGACAAGGACACAAUGGAUGCACCGUUACAUAGCAAAAUUGCUAUGUAAUGGAGCUAAAUUGCUCUGUUGUAGCGAUGAUUUUUUCUCCGGAAAAUAUGAUUUUAUCAAAUUUUUUGCUUGCAAAAUACAAAAAGGUUUGGUUUUUGAUUGCAGCGACGUCGAAAGAGAUGGCUCUUCGAUUAUUUUUUCUGCAAAAAUUCGGGCAAUCCAUCUUAAUUCGGACCCAAAACUCGUAUGGAAUUUUCUGAUAAGAUUGCAAAGGGAAUUGCGGGAGUAAUUGACAAGGGAGUACCCCAAGUGCGACGCUCGGAUUUUGAUGAAACGUGGCACAAACUUAGAAUAACUUUUUCUAAGGCAUAUGCGAGACUUCUAGCUCGCGACUUACAGAAAUGAAUGAGAUUUUUAGAUCGAAAGUUGGUAAAAAAUGCAAUUUUUUUCGAAUUUUGACUUGAAAAGUUUGUUUCUAUCUUAUAGUGUAAUAUUUCCACAAAAAAUCAAUUUCUUCCCCGCGAAACUGGCAAAGAUAGGGGCAAAAAGUGUUUUUACGGAUUUUGCGGUCGAGAGAGUACGCGAAAUGCGGAGUGGUUAGAGAGGAAAACAUUUUUUGGCCAUAUCUUUGCCAGUUUCGCGCAGAAAAAAGUGAUUUUUUUGUGGAAAUAUUAUACUAUAAGAUAGAAAUAGGUAUGAAACUUUUCAUGGCAAAAUUCGAAAAAAAAAUUUGCAUUUUUUCAAAGAUAUGGGCGAAAACAAACGCCAGAAAUUGCCGAAUUUAAAAAUUUCAACGGCUGUUAGAAAGCGCGAGCUAAAACUUUCAGGGCCUAUAAAACUUUUGAAAUGCACAGUGUCGGGCCUGAUCCAGCGGCAAAAAAGUGCCUUUUUGCAUCCGGGAAGUAUCAAAAACGCGGCAAAAUACCUCCCUCUACAAGUGAAAAGACUCCAGUUUCAAAAGCGUGCCGCUCUUUUUUUUUUUUUUUUUUUUGAGUCGCGCUGUUCAAAACGGAGUUUUUCAUUUGAAGAGGAAGGUAUUUUGCGACGUUUUUGAUACUUCCCGGAUGCAAAAUGGCAUGUUUUUUGCCACUGGAUCAGGUCCGCCACUGUAGUUAAAACUCUCAAAUUUUUUAUUCAAAAUAAAAAGUUGGGAGCUGUGUUGCGUAAAAAUCGCUUUAAAUUUGCGCAAAUUGCUCUCUUCCACUCCACAAAAGGUUACAACUUUGCAGACGCGCUAUCUAUGUUUCGAAUACUUUGUGUUCCUCCCGACCUCUCCCCGCAGCGUUCUUCGCGAAAACGUGAUGAUGUUUACGUCUCCGCGGCCCCCAAAUAGUGCGUGCUCGACAAUAUUUUCGGCUGCCCCCCAAAGUUUUCUUUGUUAUCUUCUCCUUUUUUGUGCAAAAUACGGGAGGGAGGACUAAUUUCCUUGCCCAUUUUUGUUUUCUCCCCGCGACUACACCGGGUGUUGGGUUAAUACGAAGGGAUUGACGGCGAACUUGCCCCCCGUGAAGGCGAAGAUUGUUGUGUCUGGAGGGGUUUCUCGGAAAUUUCGGUCGUGUUUACAUGCUGGGCUAAUUAUAACGGCAGGUUGGGCAAAUUGGAUGGGGUAUUUGGAUUGCCUGUAAUUAUGUUGCUGGCACAAUUGAGGGUUGGAUAAUUGUAGGUGGUAGAUUAGAUGUGAUUGGAUGUAAUAUGAAAAAUAAAUGGACUUGGUGGACUUGCAAAGAACCCCGCUACUCUCGAUAUUAUCCAUGAGUCAACAAUUUUUUGUUGGUCUUGGAGAAUUGCUUGUAAAAAAUUUCCUCUCCGAUAAAACUUUCUGAUAUUUCGUACGGUAAAUUCUAGCUAUAUUGCGGCUUAUAUUAGAGUAGAAGCAUCACAGUCGACUUAGAACUUAUAACAAUAUACGCCAAUAUUAUCCAUGAGUCAACAAUUUUUUGUUGUCUUUGGAAAAUUGCUCGUAAAAAAUUUCCUCUCCUAUAAAACGUGCUGAUAUUUUGUACAGUAAAUUCCAGUUGUAUUGCGGCUUAUAUUAGGGUAGAAGCAUCACCGUCGACUUAGAACUUUCGACGGUACAAACCAAUAUUGUCCAUGAUAUCAAAUUUCAGACCCUUUUCCAAAAUUUGCAAUUUCUCCAAAGUAUGAUGCCAUAGGGCAUAGCUGCAAAAUAAUAUAACCACUAGACUCUACUGGCUUCAUUUUGAGCUCUUUACCUUUUCUCCCCAACAUUUACUACGUGACUUACCGCCGAAGUUAUUCAUGACAUCAAAACGCUCCAAAAAUAACUUUUUAAUUUCAACCCAAACUUUAAUGUUUGUUGUUGCAUGUGAUCGACCAAAGACCGCGACGCGUACGUGCCCCAUCUCUUGAGAAUUUACUUUGGGCCGAGAGUGGCGGCGAGGACUCUAUCUUCUCCUCCAAACUUGCCAAUAUUUUGUCCGCAAAAAGAAAAGAAUUAGCCGGCUAUUCCGCGAGGCGCGCGGUUCUCGGCACGACGAGGACGGUGAGACGCACUUUUGCGCGGCCACUCAUUAUCGGCUCGCAUUCCGCCGAGCGGCCCCGCCGGGGCUUUGUGCGCUUAUUAGGGGGGAGAAAUUUUUCCAAUUUCGCGAAGAGAUUAAUGACCACGAAUGUGGCCACAGUUGCUGGACCGAAAAUGGAUUACCGCAGCGAGUGCAUUUUGUUUCGAGAUGUCACGUACUUUGGCGCCUCAUCAAUCAUUCGACUUGGGCCUCUGAAAAUUGCCGGUUGAGCGUUGAUUCGCAUAAAAAAUGGAAUGCAUUAGAAGCUACGUGCACUUUAGGAAGCCUUGACGUGCUAUCAACGUGCUUUUCGAGAGGUUAAUUUGGCCAUUUGCAAGGUAUUUUACCUUAAAACAUCGGAAAUCGCCAAAAAAUUUUAGUUUUUUCCAAAUUUCCUCUCAUUUCCAUAAAUUUUAGCCCGCAGAAAUGCUGAAUUGGCCUUUGUAGGCGAAGUGUAAUAGCUCAUUAACAUUUUUAAUAUCAUUUGUUAGACAUUAACUCUAAAUAAUUUAGAAAAAUUACAAAAAUUUGCAUUUUUUCAAUAUUUUGGAAGAUUUUUGAUGAAUAUUGUGAAUUUUGAGACAGUAAAUAGAAUAAAAAAUUGUUUUACAACCUCCUUAUAGAUUUUAGAAAGUAUUUUCAAGUUUAACAGAGAGUUUAAGGCAAUAAAAAUAGGUGUUAUCUAGUAUAACAUCAUUUUUUCCCCGAUUUUUCCCGUUUUUUUCAAUAUUUUCGAUAUUUAAAGCCGAUUUAUUAUCAAAUUUGAUAUUGACAGCAAAGCUAGAGAUCUAUACUCUAUUCUAAAUACCACAAACCCCCUUAACACGGCCCCAAGAUGGCUGCAAAAUCUUGUUUUUGCCUCCCAUUUCCUGCAGUUUCCCUCCUCCCCAAUCUCUGACCUGUUGAUGUCUGCCCGAACCUUUUAUGUUUUUUUUUUCUGAUAUUCCAACCCGUCUGGGUUUUAUUGCACGCCGCAUCGUAUACAUGAAGAUUACGAUAAACAAAGGAGGGUGGUUUCUUCAGUCAUCCCCUUUUUUGCAGAAUUUUGCUUCGGAAAGCCUUUGAAAUUACUAUUUCCCGUAUCGUGUCGGGUGUACAGACAUGUGGUAUUGUGUGAAAUUGAAGGAAUUGGAUAAUUUAGGGGCUGAGGCGACAUUUUAUACGAAAAAUUUGCGAUUUACCCAUGUUUUCCGGGGAAAAUCUCAAAUUUCUUGAGAUUUGUGGGUUAAACAUGGUAAAUAUGAUGAGUCAAAGGUGUAAUGUAGUAAAAUAUGAGUUCCUGAUGUCAAGUGUUUUCUAAUUUUGAAAGGGGAGACAUGUUAUACGAUCAAUUUUCAAAAUUUCCCUAGUUUUUUUUCAAAAAUCUUGAAUUUUUCCUAACUUUUCCGUUGACAACAAAAAAUUAAGACGUCCAAAAAGUUAAAUCAAGGUAGAAUAUGAACUCCUAUAGUGUUAUCUUUUAUUUUUGUUAAGAAAUUUGUCUGUUAUAGGCGAGUUUUUGUCAAAAAACGGCAUUUUUUGCCUUAAACUUAAGAUUUUCUUGAAAAAAAUCGAAUUCCAUGCAGUAUAUUGUAUUUUCAACCACUCUCAUUGCCUCAUACGAACAUGUACGAUGUUUACUGCACAUAACAAGCGUUUCCUCACCGUUUAAUCCCACAAUUUUCGCCCCCCGUUUCUCCAAAUUCCAGGCCGUGGAAGCGGAUUUUUGCGCAAAAUCCGCUUAGAAAGCGGCUGCUUUGCGAAGCCGUGUGUGGGAUAGCAAGUCGUUGGGAAUUAUGCUAAGCCCUCUGUCCUUUCGCUUCAAAACACUCUCCGCUUGCAAUUUUUUUCAUUGCGAAAUUUGAAUUUUUAUCAACUUUUUGCGACUCCGCGCCGGCCUCGAAACCCGACGUUUUUGUGCACCAAUUUUUUUCGGAAUUCGGUCUCGAAGAUCUGCAAGGCUAAACAGCGACGCUUUUGUCGCCCGCUCUUCUCGUGAAAUAAGAGUGCAAACGCGAGAGAGUGUGGGGAAUUCGGAGGGGGCGGGGGAAAACCAGAGAUUCGGUGCGGAAAACAAUUUUUUGGGGAGAAAAAAGGGAAAGGUGGAGAAAAUUGGGGAGAGGAAUGAAAAAUGCAUGCGACAGGGAGGGUGUUGAAUACAUUUGGGGACGUUAUAGUGCAGGGAAAACUUUGUAUAGCGGAUUUUUUAAAUUUGGCCAGAAUUUCGAGAGUUUCUCAAAAAAUCUCGUUUUUGACCCGAAUUUUUGCUGAUUUUUUUUUCAAAAAUUGUUGAGGAGGCUUCAAGAAGGCCUGAGGCAAUUUUGCAAAAAAAAUUUUUUUUGAAAAAGUCGAAAAAUAGAGUUAAUGACGUAUAUCUGUGAUGGUCAUAUAUGGCGUUGCAAGUGUUGGAAAAGCUGUCAUAGCCUGAUGUAGGGCUUCUGUUGGGAUAACAUGCGAUUUAAAAUGUAAUCCAGAGCACUCUGAGAUUCCAGCGAACCAUCUGGGUAUUACUUUAGAUGAUUUUUGAUGACGGAAAUUUUUUGAUUUUUCUCUAAUUUUUGCGAUUUUUUUGAAAAAAAAAUGUUUUGAAAAUUGUUUCCCUGCUGCUGUAGAAGAAUAUUGGAGGCAAUAAACGGGAAAUUUUGCAGUCUUUCUCCCCGAAAAUUGGGUUUCUCCCCUAAUUCUUUCGAAUUUCCCCCCACAAAGCCGUGCCUGCUCUGGUUUUUGCCGCAAAAAUAGUCCGCGCACUCUGCAAUAUGUUAAUUUCGGCCCAAAAAUCCGGCUCUCUCCAGUUCCCGGGCCCGCAAAGCAGGUUAGCAAACAUUUUUUUGUCAAAAAAUGGGGGGAAAAAGCCUCGUGCAAACAAAAAGAACGCCAGCGGCGAGAUCAUUCAGGUCAGUUUUUUGGUCGAAUCUGUUGACUCUUCUGUCACCUCGCACACUCCGAAGCUUGUUAGACGCGCGCUGCAACAAGUGUUUUUGAAGGUUCCGGCGAGGAGAAUUGAGCGAAAGAAUGAGAUUUGGGGUGUUUAUUCGAAGCCGUUCUUCGGCCCGAAUUUUGAGUGCAAAAUGAAUUUACCGUAGGUCACGUACGAAGAUGUGGCUGCAAAGUUUUCCACGGUGUGAGUGUUACCCCGCCACAAUUCUUUGUUGACUCAAAAAAGCGACAUUUUAUACGAAAGCUUCAAAAUUUUGGUCUCAACAAAAAUGUUUAAUUUCAAAAUAGCCUGAGGGGACAUGUUGCAUAUGUAAUGUAAGCAGUAUAGUAGACAUCAUAUGCUUCAAUUUGAGGCUAUAACCAAGUUUGUAUGUCUUGUGAUUUUCGCACAGUGCGGUGUUUAAAAAUGGGCGAGAUCGGAAUUUCCUCCAAUAAAAAAUGACGUCAUAGCCGAAUAACUGGGGGUGUGGAACCAAAAAUUUUUUAUGGACCGUAUGGUUGACGCCCCAUCCGUUGAUUUGCAAAUAUGAUCGCUUAUAUUGAAGGCUUAUUAUUUGCACAGUGCAGAUUUGAAAUUUUUGAGUUUUGUAAAAACUGGUUGCAAAGAAAAUGUUACAGUAAGACGUGAGAAGUAAUAAGUAGAAUAUUCAUUUCCUAAAUAGACAGCUAAGGGCUUUAGCUUUGGUUUAAACCAAUUUUUGAGAUUUUUGGACUGGUCGACUUUGCACAGUGAAGAUUUGAAAUUUUCGUGUUUUGUAAAAACUGGUUGGAAAUAAUUCAAUGUUACAGUAAGGCGUGAGUGGUUAUGAGCAGCCUAGUUAUUUACCAGACAGCCUGAGGGCUUUAGCUUUGAUCGAAGUCCAUUUUUGAGAUUUUUCGACUGGUCGAUUUUGUACAGUGCAGAUUUGAAAUUUUUACGUUUUGUAAAAACUCGUUGGAAAUAAUUCAAUAUUACAGUAAUGCGGGACUAGUUAUGAUUAUUGUGGUAGCUUAUCAGAACUCCUGAGGGCUUUAUCUUCAAUUUAAGCCCAUUCCUAAGACUUUUCGACCGGUCGAUUUCGCACAAUGCGAUUUCGAAAAUUUCCGGUUUCCCCAAAAUUUCUCUCAAUUUGUGACCGUAUACGUAGCGCUUUUGUUUGUCCGAAGUAAUAAAAACCGCACGCAAUUUGUCAUAUACCACAUUUUUCUCCCUAAAAGUUCAUUGCAUCCCACUUUUUCCCGCCGGCGAAAAGUAUAUCCAUCCAUCGGGGGCUAAUCCACUGAUCUCUUCGACUCUGAAUCCCCUUCCGCUCUCAUUUUGUCGAUAGCUGUUCGUGAUCAAGUUCUACCGAAAACAUUACAAUUGGAUUGAUUAAACGAGAGAUUUUUGUCGACUUUGUCAUCGGUUUGUUGUUCAUGAAGACUUCCGCGUCCCGACGCAGCCCGCUUUUCGCUACGGUAUGACCUAAAAAGAGGCGAAAAAUAUUUUUUCCCGAUCACCCAUCCAUUUCGCUAUUUAUCAUCGCCGGGGCUGAUAAACGGCGUCGGGGAGCGAAUUGCGGAGAUAAAAAUCGAUCCGUCUUUGUUCCCCACGCGAUGCAACAAGUUCUCCAGCGGAUGCGGUGGCCCUUGUGCUUUCAUCCACCAUUUUGGUUCGGAGACGUCUGGUAUAAUAUAAAGAAAUUUUUGAGUUUUUUCGAAAUUUCAUGGGUAAAAUAAGGUAGCAGCUGGCUGGCAGUGGAAGAUUAGAGAUUUGUGAGGCACUUAGAAUAGGAUAUGAUGGCUGUAAUUGUUGCAUUUUACAUUUAUUUUGGAUUUUUUACUAUUUUUUCGUCCAAAAACAAGUUUUUUUUUGUCGAAAGCGGUCAAAUUCGUUGACUUAACCUUCGAUUUUAGUCUUGUAAAUAACAUUAAAUGAUCUCUGAUAUUACUAUAUAUCCUGCCUUCUCCGUAUUUUACCUUGUUUUAGCUAUUUUCCCCAUAAAAAUGCCAUUUUCCCUCAAUUUUUUCCAGUUUUCCCCAAAAAAGUUCAAAAACAGCUGACGAAAAACGCACUCCGGUCCCGUUGAACUGUUAUUCCAACAGUUCAACGUUGGCUAGACGGUCUCCUGAUAACGCUGCGCAACAUUCCGAUCGUUUGUAUAUGGGUUGCACUCUUCAGACAUUACCCUUUCUCCCAUCAAAAACAAUUUUUUUUUCUCGGCUCCAAAAUUACUUUUGCUCCCGUUUUUGUAAUGUGCACUUUUCGGCGUUGUCGAUUGUGCUGUAACCGGCGGGAAACAAGUGGUGAUUCAGCCACAUUAGGCCAUUGCUUUAACGAUCAUUUGACCGAAUUUGGUGAUUGGUUUGGGCCCGAAAUUGCCGCAGUCUUGAGAGUACUGUAACUCGUAAAGUAGUAGUUGUAAUGAUAUGAAAUUUGGAAUGUAUUUUUGCUAUGACGUCUAAAAUUAUAGUAGAAAACAAUCUGGUUGUUACUUACAAUUUAACUACCACUUAUUGCUGGUUUUUCAAGGCUUGGUCAAAGAAUUCCAUUAUUUCAAAAAAAUUGCACUGUGCAAAAGCUGUUAGUGAUAAGGACACCAAAACUGAUUAGAAAUAAGCCGCAGGACCUGAUUUGUAACUAUCAUAAAAAUUGUAACCGUGUUAUCAGUACUACUAUGUUUAUUUGCUCUUUUUUCCAGAGUAUCUCUAUCAAGACCUCAUGGAUAAGAUAGACCGACUGCUAUGUUAAGCGGGGCUUGGUGGGGAAACGGUAUAUUACGAUUUGAAACUCAUGCCCUAAGGCUGUUUUCCCUACAAAAGAUCUGUCUGUUACUGCUAUCAAUUAUGGUAUAUGCACUCUUCCGCGAAAUGUCAAUUUUCCGCCGAAAAAGUGGCGUAAUUUCGAAAAUUCCUUUGUAAAACCCCUUAGGGGAGCAUCGAAAUUUCUCAAAUGCUACUCCACCAUCUUCACUGUACUUUUAUCCAUCACAACAUAUGCAAUUCAAGCGGGCUGAAUGCGGUCUUUGUCCAGUUUCUCGACCUUUUCCCCGGGACCUUCCGCGAGACGAAUAACAUUUUCCCGAGGCGUCGCGUUUUCGCAAAUCACGUUGUAAUUAAAAGCGGCGCUGUUUUGCUGCCGCCUCUGUUUUUGUUUAUUUCGCAAUUUUUUGGGGUUGGAGUCGGGGCGAAGCGGCGUGGGGCCGGCCCCCCGACGGGCCCUCCUCUCCCGUGUGGAGGCAUUUGUCGGCCGUUUGUUUUACGCUCCUUCCUCUCUCUCUACAAAUGCAAAAGACGGGAGAGCGGAGAGCGGCGGCGGGGGGUUUUUUGCUGCUGGCCGGCCGCCUGCACCGUUUUGACCCCCACGGGACGGGCCGGCCGAGUUUAGCACACACCAACAGCUUAUGUUUUCGAAUUGUUUGGACCCCUGCAGAAAAGUGGGGGGCACGGUGAAAUGCGGGCGCUUUUUGCGAAACUUGAAGGUCCUGAUGUAGGGGAUCCAGCAGGCCGGACUAAAGAUUACCCUGUUGCCAAUGUUUUGCGUCGAUUUGGAGGGGGUUGGCGACGAAAAGUCGAGGUGAAAUUGGAGAAAUCAUCAAUUUUGGGAAGCAGAUGAUGUAAUAAACAAUAUUUUGAUCAAACAGCUUGAUUUUCAUACCGAUCUCUGGCUGAAAUUGAAUUUAUUUGAUAAAUUAGACUCUGUAGAACAUAGUAGACAGCUUUUAAUUUACAAUUUUCAAUUUAAUUGCCACGUUUUAAUGAUUCUUCCAAAAGUGCAUACAUGAGGUGUCAUGAAUAAUAUUUUGAUGAUUUUCAACAUUUAUUAGCUAAAAUUUUUUAUUGAAAUGUGUCUUGAAAUAUUGCUAGAUGUAUUUGAAAGGAUUUUUAAAGACAUUUCAGUCUAUGAGCUAGUGAUUUUUUGAGAUUUUUUGCAAUUUUUCCAUCCAGCUCAAGUCUAAUAUAUCAAGUAUAAUAUUUUGACGAUUUCAGAUGUUUUUUGACUAAAAAUUGUGCUGUAAAUGUUGUUAUAGAACUGCUAGUAGCCUCUAAAUACUAUCCAUAUAUAUUUUGGAUUUUAUUUAAAAUUUUUUUUAAAGAUUUUUAACCAUUUUCUCGACUUGCCCUUUUAAACUUUCAUGUGUAAUAUCCCAGCUGUCUGUGGACGAAAACUCCAAUAGCACACCUUAUUUUGAAGCUUAAGUCCUCUUUUCUUUGCUCUGUUGUAGCUUGUGACGACAACAUUAUUGACGGUGGAAUAGCAGACGUUUUGUUUUUGAAGUCUUACGGCCCGAUGUUUAUAGGUUUUAUCAUGCGCUACGGCUAUUUUCGAACUUUAUUUUCUCGAUCUUAUCUUCUGUUUAUCUUUUUGUGGGCUUUCAAAACAUCGUCGUGGGUCAUUUGGGGUAAUGCGACCGUGUUUUCGACCGGAAACCAGAUGAUUCACUUUAUGGUUUAUGGACUCGCCGAGUUUGGGUUAUAAGGAGGAGAGUUUCUAGGUGGGUGGGUUAGUCGAAUUUUGUGUGAUAUUUUAUGGGUUUUUAGCGAAUUUUAGGUCAAUUAAAAAAAUUUUUUUUUGGAAAAUUUUUUUUUUUUUUUUUUGAAAAUCGACAUUUUUUUUGCUUAAAAAUCUUGGAAAUUUCUGCUUAACGCGAGUUAAAAAUUUGAAAAAUCCCCUUAGAAAACUUGAUUUUUAAUAAAUCUCAAUAAUUUUAGUAGAAAAAAUUUUCGUAUUUUACAAUUUUUUAGCUUAAAAAUCUCGGAAAUUUCUGCAUAACGCAAGCUAGAAAUUUGAAAAAUCCUCUUAGAAAGUCUCAAUCUUAAUCUUUGUUAAAUUUCAUCAAUUUUAAAUAAGAAAAAUUUUUCGUAUUUUAAAAAUUUUUGGCUUAAAAAUCUGGGAAAUUUCUGCAUAACGCGAGCUAAAAUUUUGAAAAAUCCCUUAGAAAGUCUCAAUCUUAAUUUUCGCCAAAUUUCAUCAAUUUUUAUCAAGAAAAAUUUUUCCUAUUUUACAAUUUUUUAGCUUAAAAAUCUCGGAAAUUUCUGCAUAACGCGAGCUAAGAAUUUGAAAAAUCCCUUAGGAAGUCCUAAUCUUGAUUUUCGCCAAAUUUCAUUAAUUUUAAUUAAAAAAAAAUUUUCGCAUUUUAUAAUUUUUUUCGCUUAAAAAUCUCGGAAAUUUCUGCAUAACGCAAGCCAAAAAUUUGAAAAAUCCCUUAGAAAGUCUCAAUCUAAAUUUUCACCAAAUUUCAUCAAUUUUAAUUAAGAAAAAAAAUUCGUAUUUUACAAUUUUUAGGUCCGAAAUCAUCUAUAAUAUUUUUUUCACUUUAUUUUUCAACAUUUCCCACAAGCCACUCCUCCAUUUUCCGCCCUUCUGAAGCUCUCAAAUUACCCUUUCCGCAUUUCGAACUCUCUAAACCCUGCUUCAAAAUUUGUGUCCUCUCCUCCUCAAAAACCGCAAAAUUUCUCUCCAAAAGCAUUUUUUUUGUUUUUCAAAAAAAAAACUUUUCCCCCAAACCCCUCAGGAGACUUGUGACCCAUUUUCUUUUUUUUUCUUUCCCCCCGAAUCUGUCGUGACCUUAUCAAAAAAAAGUAAUGGCUCAACUCUCUGCAUGCCCUUUUACCCACUCUUUUUAUUAUAGUUUCCCCCCAAAAAAUCUCUUUUUUUUCUUGUCAGCAAAAUUUUUUUUUCUCAAAACAAACGCUCUGCACUUUUAAAUCGGAGUUGUUUUGUUCGAAAAGUGUUUUCGCAGGUUAAAGAAUUUUUUGGUUUAAUCAACUUUUUAAUUAAGAAAAAUGAAAUUGCAAAAACCUUUGCUGAUUUUUUAUGAUUAAUUGGGCGUAAAAAAUAAAAAAAAAAGAAAUUAACAGAAAUUUCGAAAAAAAAAUUUGAUUUUUUAAUUAAUUUUUUUUGAUUUUUUUUUGCAAAAAAGUCUGAAAUUUCAAAAAAUAAAAAAAAAAUGCUGGUUUUUUCUGAUUAAUAAGGCGUAUAUAAUAAUUCCUUUAAAAUCAGAAAUAUUUUUUUUUAAUUGAGAAUUUUUUAUUAAAAUUUUUUUUCAUUUUGCGCAAAAAAAAUCGAAAUUUCAAAAAAUAAAAAAAAAUGCUGAUUUUUUCUUGUUAAUAAGACGUAUAUAAUAAUUCCUUUAAAAUCAGAAAUAUUUUUUUUUGAAUUUUUUAAAAUUUCAAAAAAUUUUUUUUUCAAAAUUAAAAAAAAAUAAUUUAAAAAUUGAAAAUUUUUUAUUAAAAGUUUUUUUUUUUCUAAUCCAAAUACAUUAAAAAUAUAUUUUUUUGGCUUACACAAUACUGAUUAGUAUUUUUCCAAAAAUUCUCCGAAAUAUUUUUGUUUUUUCUCAUUGUUUCUGAGAACACUGUGUCCCGAAAGAUUUUUUUCCGCCGACUGAAAGUCGAUUAGUCCAUUUUUUAAGGUCCCGGCAGUUUUGGAAAAGGGCAGUGUUCGAGGAAAUGGAAUUGAAGGGUUCGGGAAUUCAACGUACAUAUACGCACUCCUUCUCGCCCUUUUCACGGAUUUAUUUCUAUUUUUUCCAUCUGCAGGAGAUGCCUGAGGCGUUUCGGGAUUCGGAAAUUUUAUUUUUAUUCGCUGCACGGUGCAGAUUUUUUGUUUUUAAAAAAUUGCACGGUGCAGUCGCAUUUUUGGUCUAUUUUUUGCACUGCACUGUGCAAUUUUUUGUUCUUGAAAAUUGCACUGUGCAGAAUUUUCGAUUUGAAAAUUUGCACGGUGCAAUUUUUCGUUUUGGAAAAUUGCACGGUGCAGUCGCAUUUUUGGUCUAUUUUUUGCACUGCACUGUGCAAUUUUUUGUUUUUCUAAAUUUGCACUGCGCAUAAUUUUGAUUUGAAAGUUUGCACGGUGCAAUUUUUUGUUCUUGAAAAUUUGCACUGUGCAGAAUUUUGAUUUGAAAAUUUGCACGGUGCAGUCGCAUUUUUGGUCUAUUUUUUGCACUGCACGGUGCAAUUUUUCGUUUUGGAAGAUUUGCACAGUGCAGAAUUUUGAUUUGAAAAUUUGCACGGUGCGGUCGCAUAUUUGCUCUAUUUCUUCCGCUGCACGGUGCAGACUUUUUGGAAAAGAUUUUUUUCAAUUCAACUGCUGGGUUUUGAUGAAAUUUAAUAAAAAUUGAAUCUAAAAUUUGCCAAGACAUGUGUAAUAUUUUUAUUUCGUGUUUUACAGCAGCUAUCGAGAUUUUUUUGGUCGAAAAAUCCUAAAAUUCAAUUUUUUUUAAUCGCUGAAUAUCUCCGCAUCACUUGCAAAGCUCGAGCUAAAAUUUUCCACACUUGAUUUCUAACUCAUAGUGAUUUUUUCACCGAAAUUUGAGGGAAACUUCAUCCUUGGCCGUAGAGUUAUGACACUUUGAAAAUACUUUCCCAUUUGUUCAAAGAAUUUGAAAAAAUCGGUAAAAUCUUUAUUUAUUUAGCGAUUUUUGGGGUAUAACAAAUAGUAUAGUGUCUACUGAGCAGUCUAUUCUUUCUUUCUACUGUAAAUCUCCAAUAAUAAACUACUGAGAAGCCUCUGUCUUCUCCGGACUUCCUCCGUCGGCAUGACUCCCAAUUAUCCCACCCGCCAUGCCCUUAUACGGCGAACUGGAGAGCGGUCUUAUAUGGCGAACGAAAGAGUGGUCCUGUAAAUUAAUUGAGAUUCGUUUCGAAACGGGAGUUGUUGGUCUCGUGUGCCCAAAAAGUUCAAUGUGUAAUGUGGUUAAGAUGCCUUCGGACGCAUUAAAAUGAUAUCGUAUAUGAAAAAUUUGACGUGUAUUAUUGCCAUUUUUUAUUUGCCAAAUUUUUUAAUGUCUAUGGCCAAAAAUUUGUAUAUUCAAAAAAUUUUUAUUUUUUGAAAAUUAAAAUAUGCAAAUUUUCAAAAUUAAAAAAAUUUUCUGAAAUGCAUAUUUAAUUAUCAAAAAAAAUUUCCCAAGAAAUUUGCAUAUUAAAAUUUUUUUUAUUUUUUUGAAAAUUUGAAUAUGCAAAUUUUCAAAAUAAAAAAAUGGUUUUAACCACAUAUUUACUUAUCAAAAAAAAUUUUUGACCCUAAAAAUUUGCAUAUUCCGAGAUUUUUAUUUUUUUGAAAAAUUUGAAUAUUCAAAUUUUCAAUAUUUUUCUAACUUCCCCCAACUUGCAGCUGACCGAAAACUGUCGACCCUGGUGUUGGCCGAACGCAAACAAUCCGCCCUCGAGACGACGAAACGUCGCAUGGGCUGCGACAUGAACACCUUCGCCAACGACGCCAACGGCACGGAAACCGACCUUCCGCACGCCGCCACGCCCGGCACCUCGGCCGCCCUCCAACACAACGAUAUCAGCAACGAUCUAAAUGACCUCAAGGGUAAGUUGGAGAGCUUUUUGGGUGAGAUUAUUGGAUUUAUGGGGGUUUGGAUAUUGUUUUAGUCAUCAGAUGGGAUUUUUGGAGGAUUUAAAGGAUACCAAUUUUUGUCAUGAUAUCGGAUGAGGCUCUAAUACUUUAUGGGAUACUACAGAUCAUAAUCUUUUUAGCAAUACUAAUUUCAAAGGGUAUUAUAUUGAUUUGAGUCAGGUACGACCUUAUGUUAGACAUCAGACGGGAGCUUUAGAUAAUUUAAAGAAUACUGAGCUUUUUCAUGGUGUAGAUUUACGAUUUGAAGCUUUAUGGAGUAUUACAGAUAAUAACCUUCCUAGCAACACUAUUUUCAAUGGGUAUUAUAUUGAUUUGAGUGAGUUACGACCUUAUUUUAGACAUCAGGUGGUAUUUUCGGAAUUUUUUUUGAAACUGGCCAGUGUCUUCGUAUACUAUUAGCAAAAAAAUCAUUGCCUCUCUAACUAUGAUUAAUCACUCUUAAGCAUUCCAAACUGACAGCUUUUGCAAAAUUUCUUUGAUGCCAACCCGAAUUCCGACCUUAUUUUAGACAUCAGAUGGCCUCCAAAAGAAGUGCCCAAGUUUCCGCAAAAAGUAAUUGCAAUUUAUUCCGAGAUGUCAAAAACGAAAUAAAUGUUCUUUAGUCUCUCUAAGAAUACAUUUUGACAAUAGUAUUUACUCGAGUUUGAGGCGAAAUUAGAAUUUUAAUGUGGCCUUUGGAAGUGUGGGCUAAAUUAAAGGUUUGCCGAUUUUCCGGCUAAAAAAUGGUAACCAAUUUUGAAUUGUCACGGCAUUAUGAUGUUUUUGGCUUUAUUGGGGAUAUUCUGCAAAAAAUUUUUAAUUAUAGCCGUAGGGAAAUUUUUUUGAAACUUUUGAAAUUUUUGGAAAAAGUGAUAAAAUAUUGUAAAAUACGAGGUGAUAAGGGCACUCGUUAUUUUUUGAAUAAUUUUUUAUACAAUAAAGAGCAUUUUUAACAUUUUCAGAGCGCAAAAAGUCGUGCCACGAAGAGCCCACCUCACACAAAACCUCGGAUUCGGAUCCCCUCGACCUCUUGGAUUGCAACUACCCGCUGGACAUUGAGAAGGCGCGAUGCUCGCUGACCGGCCGAAAACCCUUCACCCGACCACCUAUGGACAACCGCGCCAACGCCCCACAACGCAAGAAUGGCCUGUUUUUGAGUGGGAUCGCAAAACGGGGAAAAGAAGUGAGUUUGGGGAAAACUAUGGGAAAAAUAGGGUAAAAUACGGCGAUUUUUGUUUGAAAUAUUCUUCUAGAGACCUUUACAGAGCUUAUUAUUCAUGUUUACGUCAUUUUUUAUCAAUUUUGGGACUUGAAACGGAAUGCCAAAAUUUUGCGGGAAAUUUGAAAUUCAAAUUUUUUUGACGUUUCUUGUGAUGGAAAUGGGGUUUAUACGCGAUAAAUAGGGCUUAGAUUUUGUUUAAAAAUAUUUUUUUUGGGGUUUUCGACACCUAAAAUACGACUUUCAAAAAAAAAAUUAUUCAAAUUUUUUGCCAAAAAAAUCAAUUAAAAUUUUUUUUGAAUAGUUUUUGAAUGCUCAAAACUUUGAUUCAACGCCCAUACACCACAGUUUUCGUUCUAAAACACGCAAUUUGCGCUAAAUUUAGGGCCCUGAUUUCUUCACCUUGUGUAAUAAAAGGCGCUGUUUUAUAUUCGUCUGCACAGACAGCACAUGACUUUUUUUCUCUUGUUUAUGCGGACCCAACAGACUCUUAUCAGACGUCCCGCCGCUGCAACGAAAUUAUUGCUUUAACAUCUGGAGAAUAACAAAACAUUACGAUAGGUUUUUAUUGAUGGUGCAGAUGCAAAAAAAGCAAAAAACAUGUAAAAGUAGAGACUAUGAUGGAGGAAAAUACAGUGGAAUGAAAGUGUAGAGCAUGAUGGUGAUAAUGGAAAUGAGUUUGAGGAAAAUUUUUGAUCUACGAUCAAGUUACGACCUUAUUUUAGACAUCAGACAGGUCUAAACUGAAGUUUUGGUCAUAACAGUUUUAAAAAAUAGGGGUAAUACAAAAGAUUUUGAUGGAAAAUAAAUAAGAGUUGUUUGGCUAUCUACCGUUACAAACUUCACGUCUGGUUUGACCCAUUUGUUCAAGUUCCGACCUUAUUUUAGACAUCAGAUUGGUCUAAACUGAUAUUUUGGGCAUAACAAUUAAAAAAAUUGUGUUAGUACAAAAUAUUUUGCUGUAGAGUGAAUAAGAGUUGUUUGGCUAUCUACCAUUACAAGCUUCACGUCUGGUUUGACCCAUUUGCUCAAGUUCCGACCUUAUUUUAGACAUCAGAUAGGUCUAAACUGAUAUUUUGGGCAUAACAGUUUUAAAAAAUAGUGUUAGUACAAAAUAUUUUGUUCGAUUGUAAACAAAAACUCAUUUACUAUCUACCAUUAUGAGUUUUACAUUUGAUUUGGCCCAUUUGGUCAUGUUACAACCUUAUUUUAGACAUCAGGUCUGCAGAUUCUUAAAUUUGGUUUUUUUUCGGUUCAUUUCGGAAUUUACAACAAAGAAAGCGACAUUUCGGUAAUCGAUAGACCACACGCUAUCUAGAAAUACCAAUAGCAUGGUUCAUUUACAAUUUUCCGCCAAGUUCCGACCUUAUUUUAGACAUCAGAUAAAUGACUUGCAAAAAUUUUGCCUUACACAAGGUUAAUCAUAGUACUGAUACGUCAAAUCCUCCUUACAUUACAUAAAAAAGAAUUGUAAAAGAUAAAAACACAUCUGUAUUACUACUGUAACAAAAAAAAUUUCUUUUCAGAGCCAAUUCGUUGCCGAUUUGGAGGCCCUAAGAAAGGAGUCGGGAAGUUCGCUGAAUUCGACUCCAUCCUCAAGGAAAAUGUCGAUAAUGACCAACCAAAAGCCCUCAAUACCUUCGAUAGUACAAAGUGAAGAGCUGUUCAGUGUGGACGAGCCGACAAGGAAAACGUCGAGCAGCUCGGAUUAUUACGAGUAUUUGGCACCGGAAAGCGACGUAACGCCGUAAGUUUUGGGAUUUUUUUGGCAUAAAAUAUAUUUUAUUACCUCACGAGUAUGUAUGAGAUCAUUUUCGGGGGUUUCUGAUCAUUUUUGACGGUUAAAACGGAAUGCCAAAGUUUGGCGGGAAAAUUGGAAAUUCAAAUUUUUUAUGGAAUUUUGAUUGAUUUUGGUCGAAGUUGCCCUCAGGAGCUUUUAAAAUUGAAUGCCCUUCAAUUUUCUCCAGGUUUUGACACCUAAAACAGAAUGCCAAACUUUGGCGGGAAAAUCAAAAUUCAAAAAUUUUUGACAAAUUUGGAUGGAUUUUGAUCUAACUUGGCCUCAGGGGCUUUUGAAACUGAAUGCUUUCCAGUUUUAAACGGUUUUUGACACCUAAAACAGAAUGCCAAAAUUUGGCGGGAAAAUCGAAAUUCAAAUUUUUUUGAUUAAUUUUGGUUUUAAUAUGAUUACAAUUCAAGACUGAUAGUGCAAGGCGUAUUUUACAUUCAAAAUUUUUUUCAGACACAUCAAUUUCGGCAAGAAUUUCCAAGCCCGAGUCAAGAAGUGGGCCUCCCGAGAGGUGACGGAAGCCGAAUUGGCCGCAAUUCCCGACCGAGACGAGAUGGUAUUCGACUCGAAAGUCAUUGAACACCUGCCUGACAAAGCUGGUAAGUUGUGGUAAUGGUUUCGAAAAUUUUGAAGGGCUAAAAACGAGAUUUUUGGAAGAAUUUUUUGAUUUUUUGUGAUUUUUGGGAAAAUUUUAAAAAAUUUUCGUUUUAUUACGUUUUUACUACAGUAGAUUUUUGUCAUAUAGUCUUAUGAGUACUAUGAAUUUUUUGUUAGUCAAGUGGUUGUUACACAAGUAACAAAAAAAAUCAUUUUUCUCCUAAAAUCACCUCCGAUUUUUCAGUGGCGGCGUACGAGGCGCUGGCGUGCAGUCACGCGAUCCCGCGGCCCGGCCGCAACAAGGAGCUGGCGCUGCACAUCCUCAUGGAGAACCAGGGCAACAUCCAGUCGGCGGUGAUGGACCUGCUGCGCUCGGACACGCUCGACUGGGAGCAGUACCCCAUCAUCUACAACAACAACUACACGGACACGGAUCGCUGGCUGCCCGAGGAGAUUGCGGCCUUCCAGGACGCCAUCUACAAGUCCGAAAAGGAUUUUCAUCAAGUCGCCAUGGAGUUUACGAAUCGGACUGUCAAACAGUGUGUCGCGUUUUAUUAUACGUGGAAGAAGGCGUGUCCGGACGACUACAGAAAGUUGAGGAACUUGCGAAGGAAGAGGAUGCUUCUGGAGCAACAACUGGACGUCACCUCCUUCGACAACCGCCAACGCACGCAGUCGGAGAAUCAGCGCGAGUCCUCGGAGGACGAGAUCUCCGAAGCCGAGAGCGACAUGACCGGCCUGUCCAGUAUAUCGCGUCGCUCGCCGCCCGAGAAAUUCCCGCGCUUGCAGAGUCCGGCGGAGCGCGAAAAACCCAUCCCCGACUUCCCCGCCGUCCCAAACCCCGAGGCAAUGCCCGUGCUGUCGAAGCCGGAGGCCCAGUUCUCCCAGACCGCCUACCCAUGGCUCCACGACGAGAUGUUCCCGUCGCCCGCCAGCAGCAGCAACGGCAACUACUCCCAGCCCCCGAGUGUCAGCAAUAUCGACCUCUUCAAUGGCGGCGAUUCGUUGCCGCCCAUGCCACCAACGCUGCAUCACAAACCGCGGCCCGCAACAACCAAGAAAGGCGCGCAGCCCUCGGCCGACGGCUUCUUCCAUUGCAGACUGUGUGAUAAACGCUUCGAAAAGGUCAAGGUAGGCGUUUGAAGGGAAUUACAUGGUAAAAUAAAUGAAUGUGAAGUUUUCGUUGCGGGACAAGCUUUUGAGGGAAAAAAGCAAAAAUUUCAAAAUUUUUUCAAGAAAAAAUCAAAAAUAUUUAUGAAAAAAAGCUUCUUGGACUUUGUGCACUAUUACUGAGUUUUUCAAAAAAUGAAGUUUUCGUUGCGGGACCAAAAAUUUAGUUUCUUUGAGAGAAAAGGGGAAAUUUCCGAUUUUUUCCAAGCAAAAAUUGAAAUUAUUGAUGAAAAAUGCUAUUUUUCAUCAAUUUAUGACACUAUUACUGAGUUUUUUGAAAAAUGAAGUUUUCGUUGCGGGACCGAAAAUUUUUGAAUUUCUUUGAGAGAAAAGGGAAAAAUUUUAAUUUUUACCAAGAAAAAAUCAAAAUUAUUGAUGAAAUAAAGCUAUGUGGGCCUUUAUGACACAUUUUUUGAAAAAUGAAAUUUUCGUUGCGGGACCAAAAAGGGUUUUUUUGGGGAAAAAAGGAAACUUCCAAUUUUUUUCUGAGAAAACAUAAAAAUUUUUGAGGAAAAGUGAUAGUCAAAUAUUAUUUUUAGUGUUAGAAACGUCUUUGAAUAAUUAUGUUUUUCUUUUUUUCAUGGAAUUUUUUACUUUUUUGGAGAAAAUUCAAUUUUUAUAAAAUUUGAUUUUUUCCGAGAAAAAAUCAAAUUUUUUGUGAAAAAAUUUUUUGCUAGGUUGACAAUACCAUAUAAAAACUAUUGUUUGAAGAAAAUCUUUGAGAUUUGGUUCUCACAACGAAACCCUGAAUUUUUGGCAUUCCGUUCAAACCUUCAAAAAACCCACUAUUAACCACAAAUUCGCAUUUUAUUUUGCAUUUCCAGUCACUCAACGCUCACAUGAAGUCGCACGCGAUGAAGGCGCGCGCCGAAGCCGAGGCGCAGCAACAGUUCCAGCAGAAGCAGCAGAACCAGCAGCAGCAGAACAUCCUGGCCCACAACUCGGCCAUGAACGGCGGGAAUCAGUUCAAUUUGGCGCUGGAGGUGGCGCGACUCCAACAACAACGUCUACAGCAGCAGCAGGAGGAGAUGAGCAGGCCGCAGGAGAGCCCGACCACUUCGGGACCGAUGGGUUUAAUGUCACCGCAGCAGCAGCAACAACAGCAAUUGUUGAGGUAGGGGAUUUGCGAUUUUUUUGAUGAAAUUGGGAGAGUAGGAGCAGACACAUCUUUUAUUGGCAUUUUUAUUUGAUUUUUUAUUAAUUUAUGCCAAAAAAAAAAAUAAAAAAAAAUUUGGAAAAAUUCAAAAAAUUUUGUUUAUAAUCUCUUUCAAAUGACGUCAUAUUUUCUCAAAAUUUUUCACAUAGCUUCUAAGCUAUCUACACACCAAUCCCUGAAAGUUUUAGCCGGCUCUUUCCAACAACAGCCGAGAUAUUCAACAGUCUUGCGAGAGACCAUGCGAAAUGAGGAGAGUCAGACGAAAAAACAGUUUUUGCCCAUAACUUUUUUGUUUCAGCAGGGAAAAAUUUGAUUUUUGGUGGGAAGGAUAUACAUGCCAGUAGUAAUUGACGUUGAAAUUUUUAGGCGAAAAAUUGAAAAAAUUUUGAAAUUUUUUGAGAUUUUUUGAUCAAAAAAUCUUGAUUUUUAUGGAUAGUGGGGGCUAGAAAUCUUGAAUAUAUCUUGAAAAAUUAUGGUGUAAAUUUUUGGCCAUUUUUAUGACAUUCUAUUUUCCCUACGGCAAAUAAUUGCCUAAGGCAAAAUUUGAGAUUUUUUGCAAAAUUCAAAAAAUUCUACUCAUUUUUACAUUAAAUUUUCCCUGAAAAAUAAAAAAUCGACCCGUAUUUUACAAUUCUUAUUCUUCUAUUUUCAGAUUAAUGGCCGCGCAGAACGCGUUCAACGCGCCCGACCAAGUCAGCGCCGCGAUGACGCAGCUCGGUCUGAACGCGGCGGCGGCCGCCGCAAUGGCCGUCACGCAAGCCCAGAACCCGUUGGGCAACGUGCUGCAACUGCCCAACUCGCAGGCGGCGAGCUCGAGUGGCAAUCCGUUGGAACAGCUGCAUCUUCAGCAGAACCUCCAACACUCCGCCACAAUCAUGCCAUAA